AUGAUCUGCAAGACUCUCGGGAACUCAGGCGGAGACUUGAAGGGUGAACGGAUUUCAUUUUUGUGCCCCAAUGAUGCUUCCUAUGUAACUGCACAGUGGGCUUCAUGGAUGAGUGGAGGCACAGCUGUUCCUCUUUACAGAAAACACCCUGUGUCGGAAUUGGAGUAUUUCAUCAAGGACUCUCAAAGUGCUCUCAUUGUUGUAGAGGAAGAGUAUGUGGAGAAGAUCACCCCUAGUGCUGGGAAACUUGGGGUUCCUGUGCUUUCGCUUCCCAAAUCUGGGAGAUGUGGUUCAAAAGUGGAUGCAUCCCUUUUCGAAGCCAGUUGCCCCAUUUCAGAAUGGAAGGGCAGGGGUGCCAUGAUCAUUUACACAAGUGGCACAACUGGGAGACCCAAAGGUGUCCUCAGCACCCACCAGAAUGUCCAAGCUGUGGUGAGUUUAUUCUUCACCUACUCAGUAGCAGCUCACUUAGGAACCUGUUUUGUUGUGGAUGGGCUCAACUUCAGUAGUAGUAGGAAAACAGUAGUAGUAGUAGGAAAAGAGAGGGGUGCCUUUGAGUCUGUGUGGGGUGAUGUUUGUUUGGUUAUUUAUUUGCUUCAUACAAUUUAUAUACUGUUUGAUUGUAAAAAAAACAAAAAACCUCUUUUAAUCACAGCCAUCCUCCCUGUAUUUAGGAUCAGGAGCAGAGCUCUAGGACAGGUUUAAACACCAUCACUCUAAUUUUUAAGACACUUCCCAGUACUCUGCUGUAUUUCUUCCCCUGCAGAGCAGAGGUGACAGUUCCAGCUUGGAGCAGUUUCUUCUCUUACCCAUUUGCAUUGCUACAAGAUGACUACAAAGGCAUCUUGAAAAGUCUGUUUACUCUUUAGCUGUGUAUCCCCAAGGCAGAAAAAAUCCAUUAGCUCCCUGAGCAAAAAAAAAAAAGUUAGAAGUUUGGAGUCUUGCUGACUGCCAUGGCAGUACAAGGUCUCUGCCUGCAGUGGAUAAAAAUGUACCUUUAGGGAGGCAGAAACACACAGACCUUGUGGCUUGAGCAAAUCAAAGAGCUUGGAGCUCUUUUCUCCAUACAUGCUCAUACAUGCUCCACAGUCUGUGGGUUUCUGUUGUUUACAGAUCAUGGUUAAGAAACGCAUUUCUUUUCUUUCUCUGCAGUAAUAAUAAUAACAAAAACAAUAGCAACUAAAUUCUAACAGGUUUUUUUAAAAAAGCACCAUUCACAUGCCUGCUUUUUCUGUGGCUCAUGGUAAAAUGGGCUGUUGGCCCUCCUGACAAGGACCUGAACAAAGACCUGCUGUAGAACAGGGCUCAAAGCAGACACACCGGCUGCAGUUUAAAUCCUGCCAAUUUUUAGUCUAAAGCUCUGUUCAGAGGGGAUGGCAAAGAGGUAGCAGGUUGAUGCAGAAGGAGAUGCUGCAGAUGCCCUCUAAACGUGUCGGGCUGGAUAAACUGUAUUUCUAACACACCUUAAAGGUUUCCUCUUCUGUUCUUUUUAUGUCUCCCACUGACAGUAGUUUAAGCUCUGGGGCCCUCACUUUUGAAACAAAUGGUGUGCAUGCUUGUUUGUAGCCUCUACUCCUAAUGUUGCUUGUUUGUUUGUUUGUUUGUUUAAAUAUCCUUGCAGAUAACUGGGCUGGUUAACAAAUGGGAGUGGACAAAGGAUGACAUUAUUCUCCAUGUUCUGCCUUUGCAUCAUGUCCACGGGGUGGUCAACAAGCUGCUAUGUCCCCUCUGGGUUGGCGCAACAUGCAUCAUGCUUCCUGAGUUCAGCGCAAAGGCGGUAAGUUUGCCAGGGUUGCUGGGCGGGGGGCUGCCACUUGUCUGCUAACCUUUCAGAUGAAGUGCGGCAGGAGACUGCAUAUUAGAGUGAGGUUGGGGUGGGGGGGGGGGAGGCUCGCUGUAAAUAGGCUCUCACAGCAGGUAACAAUCUCUUCCAGAUGAGCAAAACGGGAAGCCUUUGUAAAUUAAAAUAAACAAGAAUGGGAUCUUUUCUUUUAUACUGGAAGUGUGCAAUGAAUGAUAAAUAUAAGAAUUUUGUGGGAGGCUAAAGAAAGUCUUAGUGGUCCAGUAUCUUUUGUGUCAUGACCUCAAAGGUGCACAGAUUGUGGUUCAUUGGCCCAAAUGUGUUUUGAGUCCAUUGUCUCUCUUCAUUGGAGUAACUACAGUAAUUUGACUUUUCCAACAAAUGACCAAAAACAUCUUCCCAUCACAUACCCAUCACCUGAGCACCUUUUGAGGUUUCCUUUCUGCAUCCCUUCAUUUGCUGCCCUCGCAUCUUUCCUUUUCUGGUAGUUUUUGUGGUCUUCCUUCAGAAUGAUGUUGUUACUUCAUGCUCUGAUCGGCUUGGGCCAUGUGUCAUGUGGUGAGUCCUAAAGGCUUCAGAGUUCUUGCUGCCCUAGGUAAGUGUCAGGGAACUGACAUCGGAGCCAGAGGCGGAGGCAAGGCUCCCAAGCGAUGCUGGAGAAGGGCCCAGCAGGGAGAGAGGCAGCUCAUCAGCUGGGGAAGGAAAUCAGCGUAACACCAGGGAUGAAGGGGGGCAGAUGGGGGAAUCGGCGAGGGGGCUCCAGGACUCCUCACCGGAGACCAGCGAGGAGAGCACGGGUCCUCCGCUACCCACACCCUCCCUGCGCAGAAGACUUCCGCGCAGGGAGAGUAGGAGGAGACUUGGCGUCAAACAGCUUUUAUGCUGGAAAAGGUUUAAGAAACGCCCACUGACGGAUUCUGCUAGCGACUGAAACAGCCACGAAGUGAAGGGCUGUCCAGACAGAAAAGGUUUAACCAGGCAACCUAGCCAGGAGUGACGGGAACUUACGCACGAGCAACCCCUAUAAUUAUUACAGUAAGAUUGGCUGGUUGUCUCUGGUAUUUUGUGCUUUCUGGCUCUGAGGUGUUCUGCAAAUGUUGAUUCAUUCAUCCAUGCUAAGACUAAGCAGUAGAUCUUUUCCUUUGCUCCUGAUAGCUUAGCCUUGCCUCACAUAUACCAGCCCAAUUAUUACAUUUGACUGGAAUGGCACAGCUAAGGGUGGCCCAUGAUAUAUGCCUGGCUUCUUUAAGAUACAGAGGAUAUGUAGUGCAUCUGUGCCUCAGUUGUGAAUCUUCAUGCCUGCUACUAUCAAGCAAGCACCAGCAGUGCUUAGUUUUCAACACCUGCCCAAGACCGUUCUGUUUACACAACCCUUUUCUGAUGUGCAGCUCUGGCAUCAGUUAUUGUAUAUCACUGUCCAGAUGUUGAUAAAGCUUUUUUUUAAAAAAUGGUGCUUUACGGAUGUGUUACAUUCACUGCCAACAUGCUUUUUCCCACUGUGUGGUAUACAAGCCAAUAAAUAAAUAAGCAAAUAGGGGAGAGGUUUAGCAAAAUGGAGACACCCUUGGAAUUUCAAAAGAAUAAAGGGCUGCAAAGUCAAACUGCCCUUGCCAGCUCAGGAGAAAGGAAGUUCAGCUAGCAUCACUUCUGUGCCUGUGUUUUGCUUCCCUCUGGCUGGAAGUGCAGAUAUUGCAGCAAUUCCUCAAAGGGUAGUUGUUCUUUUAACGAUAUGGUAUAGUUUAUUUAUCUACUGCUUUGGGGCCCAAAGGCUCCCCAAAGCUAUGAACAACAUUAAUAAACAUUAUGAAAGAAAUAUACACUAGAAAUGUAUAUUUCUCAGAGAGAGAGAGAGAAACAAGUCUGGCUGAUCUUCUGCUGGCAUGGCUUUCCCCAUGCUUUUGACAAUUUUCCAGGGAAGAAGUGAGUCCCACCAUGUGCUCUUUCUAGCCAGUUCAGUGCCUUGUGGCGAUGUGGGGGGGGCAUUAACAAGAAGGACACCCUGUACUGGUUGGCCUCUCUCGCACCCAGAGACCGGUGUCCCUUUGUCACCCAUUGCUGUGAUGAUGGAAACUCUGUGCCAGAUGUUGAGAUCAUGGCUCCGCAAGAGGAGACAGCUUUGAUGUGCACUCUCCAUCCCUGGAGACAGCGCCACAGUGGAGCAGAUGAAAAGCACGGCAGCAGCCCCUUCAUCAGCGCUUGUGAUGUGAGAUGGUACUGAAGGAGAUGAAGAGGCCUGAGCAUUUGGCGACGGCAUUUACACCAAGGAGCCAAACCCGCUUUAGGAGGGGAAAGGGGUUGUUUUCUUAAAACGAUCUGUCUGUCAGGUACGAAUCCAGGUGCUUCUAGGAACAGUGAAAAUUUCAUUCCUGCUGUCUGAAUUCCCAGCCAGAGCUACUGUUGUUGGGAAGAGGGGCAUAUGAACACCCUUCUUAAAGUUAUUAGCCAGCCUUCCCCAACCUGAUGCCUUCUAAAUGUUCUGUUUUGGGUGUCGGGAAGUUGAUAAAUUCGACAGGCUUCAAAGGAGAGUUGCAUGGGUGAUAAAAUGUAUGGGACCAAAUCCUUUUUAAGGAUUGAUUGGAGAACUUGGCAAUAUUAGGCUGAUAACCAGCAAGUACAAUCUGCCAGUGUCAGGACUGAGGAUCUGUGGGAGGUUCAGCUGGCGACCAGGCUAGGAAACAAACUAAUAGCCAGGCCAAGCCAGACCCAGGAAAUACUAUCCUAGCCCAGGCAAAGUCCUACACUGAACUGGAAGCUUGUAUAGCCCUUCCUGUUGAGGAAAGCCAAUGGCCAGCCUGGGUGGCAGACAACCCCCUGGGCCAAGCCAAUGAGAUUUCUAGCCUAUAGCCCUGGUGGUUCAUCACAUGAUGUAGCUGUGUACAGAGCUGUGGGUUCCCCCUUCUAAUCACAGGAGCAUCAGCUCCUCUGGGUGAGCCCCACUGAAAUGUAAUCUGCCUCCUUCUAACAUGCAAAACAGUUUUAGCAAAUGCUGCCUGCCUGCAGUAUACUGCACAGACACUUGUUCUAGAACAGGUAUGUGUGGGCAGGGGUCCAAGGAGAACAUCGGGUGCCAUUCAACCAUAGGCCUGCGCAGAAUAGACCCAUUGAAGUUAAUGGACAUGACUAACUUAGGUUCAUUCCCUUACAUACUUGAGUUUUUCUGCAUCUCCUUCCCAACAUCUGCAUGUUGCAGCCUGUGUUCUGGCGGGUGGGGAGAGGGAGUCCAAACUGAUGAGUGCUGACCGGAGAGCUCAGUGGAGUCUGACAAGCAAGGGCAAGAGAGGGCACCAACUCGAGAUGGUUAAGCGAUGCCCUCACUUGCCCUGCCUUGGCCCAAGAAUGGCUGGCCAGGACCAGCUGCCUGGCCUGUUCUCUUCCACAAGCUCUCUAGUGCAGUAAAGGCCUUUUUAUUUUUGUUUACUUUCCCCCCUGUUUCUCUAUCCUUUUUGUGAGCGCCUCCCGAGGGAGCAGGAAAGUGGUUUGAUUGACAUGACAAAGGAGGUGCAGGAGGGUAAAUCGGGCUUUCUUGUGGAGUUUAACACAAGCCGACUUUGAGUUCCAGUCUAUUUUCACCAGCUGUUUACAAAGUGCCCUUUUGCUACCGAAAUCGGCUCUCGGGAAAGCAGCACAGUUUCAGCGGCGGAUUUCGCAGAAGGAGCCUGAGCUUUUCCUUCCGCCUUUUGUAUUUCUGUUUCUUUGCACCUCGAGAGAGCAGUCAAUUACAGGGUGAUAUAAAGAAACCCGAAUGGCAGCUCAAACACUCGACACGCCAAUCAAAACAAAGCCGGGAACCUUUCCUCCAAAGCUACUGCUGCCUCCAGAAUCAGCUUUGAGUAAUACUGGCAAGGGUUCAGGAGAAACCGCAGCAGUGUGCCCAACCUUUCUAAUCACUAACACUUCAUUAUGCGCAAUAAAUACUUUAUUAUUACAGUGUUUAUUAGAUUACUUAAUUCACGACGUGCCUUUACAGUUACACGUACAUGUGGCAGCCUGGUUCGGUUGGUCUUUGUGACAAUAGGCUCCUCGCAGGGUCAGCGCAGUGGUGCCCUUAGGUCACGAGUCAUUGUAGCAUCUUUCCCUGUGGCCAGUCUGUGCAUCCAAGGGAAACAGCGAGAACACCCCAAGAGACGCUUGUAGUGGCUGCUUUCCUCCUCUUCUUUCAGAGAAUUUGGCAUUACUGUUUGGUGGGAUCCCAGUGGAACUAUGCCCUUGUGAGCAGAAUAUCAGAAAUGCUCAAAAUCUCCUCCGGCUGGGGUGCUGCACAUCUCUUCUAAGCAAAAGUUUAUUUGAAGUCAAAUAGAAGCAGCAACAGGGACAAACUGCAAGGCCAGAAGGGACCCUGGAAAGCAGGAUAUCUUGUAUAUGGGGGACCUUCACAAUAUGAUCAUUCAGGCCCCUCUUGAAAGCUUCCAAGGAAGUACAUCGGAACAUAAGAAGAGGCUGCUGGAGCCUUUCAAAUUCAGCAUCCUCUUCUCGCAGUGGCCAGCCAGAUGCCUAUGGGAAGCCAGCAAGCAGGACCUGAGCACAACAGCGAUCUCUGCACCUGGUAUCCAGAGGUUUACUUCCUCCAACAGAAUAAAUCUGGUGCUAAUGCAUUAUUAUUGUGGCAAUAAUAUGUUGCAGAAUACACCUGUGGUAAAACACCAGACUGGAGGGGUGGUUGGGGCUUGCCUCUUCCUUUCUGCACUUGUUCUAACAGCUUCCUUUGGGUGCUCCAGUUCCUGUUCCUGAAUCUCACCUCCCGAGUCCCUUAUUCUUGGCCUUGCAGGAACCUUGGUACAAUGGUGGGAUAUGCCUGUGUCAAAGGCGGCAAUCCCUACCAUCCUUCACAUGCUCUCCCCACCCCCAGGGACUGCCCUACAGUCACUACAGGGAACCAGGUGUGCAAAUUACUUAGCUCCUGCCUGUCCUCUAUGGCUGAGGAAGGACCAGUUUGGGUUUCGAAUGCACCAGCUGUAUGGACUGGAUAAUGGGUAAAUGGAAUCCCAGGGCAUAUUUCAUGGCAUAUGAUGGGGCAAAAACCCUGGCUCUGGGAAACAAGUCUCUUUUAUGAAGGAGGGGGUUUCCCAAUCCUAUGUUUCCUGGAGAAAGUUGGUGGUGGUUUCAUCCCUUCACUUUCUUUAAAUCUCAUUCUCUACCCUCCACCCCCCUACCCCAUCUGAAAAGGGACACUGGCAAGAGCAUAGAAGGGGCACAUCAGCAUUGAACAGUUUAUACUGGAUCCUUUUUCACAAUCCUCAGCUUGGGGAACGGGUGAAAGAAAAAGUUAUAUCUUUUUUUCCUUCUUGCCAGAUCUGCCAUUUGUCCUCAGCAUCUGUUGCAGAGUAAUGCCUUUUGAAGUGUGAGGGGGGAGAAGGGAGAGGCAGGAGGGAGGGAGAUGAUGAGAAGAAGAAGAAGAAAGGAAACUGGAGCCUGUCAUAUUUUGUUAGAUUCCUGGGUCCUGGGGAAAGUGUUUGCUCCUUUCAGCAUGCCCGCAGCGUAGCGAGGGUUUAAAAGCUGUAGCCUGGGAUGCUCAGGGAACAGCAGAGCCUGCAGAUGAAUAAGUGAUUAAAACAGAAUCAUGCAGAGCACACAAACAGUUGGAGGGUAUCACAAACAGCAAGAGCUCAGGCCGCUUUUGGAAGAAGGAGGUUUUUGCUUCCCACUCUGUGCUGAAAACCUCUUGCCUUAGCCGAGGAGUCAGUGGAGACUCAAUGGGCAGGGGUGGUGAAAGAAUUGCUAGGUUGCACCAGAUCCUUGGUCCACCUAUCUCAGCAUUCUGCCUUCACAACAGCAGCCAAGUAGAUUCCUGCAGGAAGCUCCCAAGCUAGCCAUUGCAGGGUGGUAUCCCUGCCCUGUCAUUUGUACCUGGUAUACAGUAGCAGCAUGUCGGGAUUUGAUCAACCAGGUGGGGGGAGUAUGAACAGAAGUUGGCAGCAACUGAACAGACAGGUGCAGUCUUGUCACCUAGAACUUAGCAAUGCCUUUGUGGAUGGGAGCAGAGCCACCCACCCCAAUGGAGCAAUCUCAUAUUCCCACAAGGCAAGAGAGUAUCGCGAGUGAGCAUGCCAUGCCUCAUCUUUAAAAGCUUAGUGGGAGGGAUGGGAAAACUUGUUGGGAUAUCUGUGUUGCCCCCAUCCGUUUCGGAACUCCUUUUCCUGCUCCUGAAAUCCUGAAUCGUGACUCCUGGAACCUGUAUCUGCUGCUGAGCUUGUACCGUUACUUUCCUGAAUAAAGAUCUCUUACUUAGAUGCGGGUGGCGCUGUGGUCUAAACCACUGAGCCUAGGGCUUGCCGAUUGGAAGGUCAGCAGUUCAAAUCCUUGCAAUUGGGUGAGCUCCUGUUGUUCGGUCCCAGCUCCUGCCCACCUAGCAGUUCGAAAGUGCGUCAAGUGCAAGUAGAUAAAUAGGUACCGCUCCAGCGGGAAGGUAAACGGUGUUUCCGUGCGCUGUUUUGGUUUACCAGAAGCGGCUUAGUCAUGCUGGCCACAUGACUCGGAAGCUGUCUGUGGACAAAUGCCGGCUCCCUCGGCCUAUAGAGCGAGAUGAGCUUGCAACCCCAGAGUCGUCCGCGACUGGACCUAAUGGUCAGGGGUACCUUUACUUACAAGUAAGAGCCUCUGUCUGCGUGUGUUAGGCGGGAGCCAGGGCACUUGCCUCUGAGCCCAGCAGCUGUGUGUUUAGCUGUUAUGACAAGAGAGAGAUGGGGAACAUCUGGCCCUCCAGAUAACACUGGACUACAACUCCCAUCAGCCCCAGCCAGCAUAGCCAAUCGUCAGUGAUUAUGGGAGUUACAGAAGAAAAACAUCCACAGGUCCCCCAUAUCUGAAUUAAAGUGAACUUUGCUCUCCAUGUAUUCACUAAAACCAGAGAUUGGGAACCUGCGACCCUCCAGAUGUUGGACUCCAGCUACAAUGCUCUCUGGCCAUUUGCUGUGUUGUCUUGGGUAGAUAUAGGAAAGUCCAACAAUGCCUAGAGGGCAACAGGUUUCCCCACCCCUUAUCUGAACCCUUUUAAAACCAUUUGGGGUUAACUGCUCUCCUAACGCCAUGUUGCAGUGAGUUCCAUAAGUGAACUAUACAUUGGGGUUAGAAGGGCCAAAUGCCGAAUCCAACUUUAAGGCUGGAUUCUUGAGGCAUCUCUCCCCACCAAAAUCCAUUAGCAGAGAAUGGCAAUAAAGUGUUUGUAUAACAGUGGGACGCGGGUGGCGCUGUGGGUAAAACCUCAGCGCCUAGGACUUGCCGAUCGCAUGGUCGGCGGUUCGAAUCCCCGCGGCGGGGUGCACUCCCGUCGUUCGGUCCCAGUGCCUGCCAACCUAGCAGUUCGAAAGCACCUCCGGGUGCAAGUAGAUAAAUAGGGACCGCUUACCAGCGGGAAGGUAAACGGUGUUCUGUGUGCUGCGCUGGCUCGCCAGAUGCAGCUUGUCACGCUGGCCACGUGACCCGGAAGUGUCUGCGGACAGUGCUGGCUCCCAGCCUAUAGAGUGAGAUGAGCGCACAACCCUAGAGUCUGGCAAGACUGGCCUGUACGGGCAGGGGUACCUUUACCUUUUAUCUUUUAUAACAGUGGGAUAAAGACAGCAUUAGGUGACUCAAGGGUAGGGAUGGGCAAAUAUGUCAGUUUUAGUUACUUGUUUCUCAAUUUUAAGUUCAGUUCUUCACAUUUCUACAUUGGUCAUGAAAUUCAGUUUUGGGCAAGUUUUUUUUUCCAUCUGAACACGUUACGUGCAAUUUUUCCCAAUAUACACAUUUUUGCAAAGCAGUUUCCCCUACUGAAUCUGUGUGUGUUAUUUUCACCAAUAUAUGCAUUUCUACACAAACUUUACUCUGCCGUGUGCACUUUUAUACGCAUUACUUGGGUGGAGAGCUCCAUUGCAGAAUUUGGAAAAGUGCAAAUUUCAAAGGAUAAAAUGUGAAAUUUUAGAUGCGAGCUGAAUCAGAUUUCUCCCCCCAUCCUUGCUCAAGGGAACCAAGUUCAAAAAGCAAGUCUCUGCACAAGUUUUUUUAUCCCACAAAGCAGAACACCACCAAGUAGCACUAUUCAGCUGGACAUAUUUUGUCAUGAAGAUGCUCAGCUAUCUGGAUCAGACUGAAAGCUUUAGAGAAGCUGGGGGUGAGUUGGGGUAUGGAGAGAAGCCUGGCAGCAUUUUAUUUCUUUCUUUGCAGGCGAUGUAACCAGCACCCUGUCAGUCAAGACGGGAACACAAAGCUGCCUUGGAGAUAAAAAGAAAAGUAAAGGGAUGAUUUAACAUGCAUUAGAAGAUUGUUACUUGUGAAAAGGCCCCUUUUCCCUUUUCUGGGUAACAACAUGAAUUGAUACGCCAAUUUGCAUUUGGUUCACCAAAGAGGCCCUUGUGGAUUGCAUAUAGAUACAGUUAUCUGUUUAGGGCAGGGAGGUUGGGGUUCCAUCUUCGUUUUUUGUUUUUAUUUAAUUGGAAAUCUGAUUUGAGAAUUAGAAACACUCCAAAGGGAAAGCUUGUGGGGGGGGCUGUUUAGAUGAGAGAGCAUGAGAGAAGAGAUUGAAUGGAAACCAUGAUAUAUUUCUCAGGAAUUUCUGUAUUAACUUGUGCUAUUGUGCACCUUUGUGUGUUUGUACCAGGGAUCAAAUCUUUUUUUAAAAAUAUUUAUAUUUUAUUAAGGUGAUUUCAGUUAAAAGAAAUAAAGUGAUGCAGAAAAAAAGAAGGGAAGGUUAGAAGGAACGAAAACAACAAAAACGAUAUGUAUAAAAGUGAAAUUAUGCACACACAAAAAGCAAUAUACGAUAUUCCCAUACAUUCAUGUAUAAAUUGGUAUAGUGUUAUUGUCCUAGUGCUUAUGUAAAUGUUAAUAGCCUACUACAUUUAGUAUAAACUCAUUCCAAAUGUUAUAGUAUUUAUCUAUACAGAGUCUGCGCCUGUAAUCAGUCCAUUCAUAAAUUGCCAGUGAUGUCAUAUCGUCAAUCCAUUGAUUGAAUGGUAUCAUAUCUUUAUUUUUCCAAUUCCUCAAUUUCAAUCUCUUGGCCACCAUUAGGGCACGGGAAAUCCGUUUCCGUUUUCCUGUUGAUAAUUUCCAUACUGCAGGUAUAUAGUUCAAUAAAAUAUUCUCUGCUGAAAGGUUUAACUUUUUCUGCACAGUCAUAGUUACACAGUCCAGCACUUUCUCCCAAAACCUGUUAAGUAAAGAACACUGUACAAGUAUGUGUUUCAGAGAGGCAUUGUCUAAACCACAUCUCCAACACUGAGCUUUCUUAGCUAACCCUUUUUUAUACAACCGUAAAGGAGUCCAAUAAACUCUGAAUAUUAUUUUCUGUUGUAUUAGUCUUAAUUUUAAAUCUAAUGACACCUUAGGUAUUGAAGCUAAUACAUUUUCCCACUGUCUGGGUAAUAAUGAAAGUUCCAAUUCUUUAUUCCAAUCAUCUCUUGCAGUCUGCAUAUUGAAUUUGUGUAUUGUUAAUAGAUAUCUAUAGAAAGUAAUUUGCUGGCUUUUUAUUUUUGAAUUGAGUUGUCCAAUUGCUCCAAUAUCUCAGGUAUCUCGGAAGCUGAAAGAGCUGGUAGCCCAAACACACUUGUACAUGUUGUAAUUGAAGAUAUUGCCAUUGGGCUGCAUCUGAUAGAUGAUAUUUUUGUUUUAAAAUAGCAAAAGUAUAAAAUUCAUCAUCCCCAUCUAUCAGUUGGUCCAAUGCCGAUACACCUGCUUCCAUCCAAUUUUUCCAUAUCACCAUCUUUUUUGCAAUUCUUAGUAUGGGGUUUUCCCACAAAGUAAGUUUAGCAUGUGAAAAUGGAUCAAAUUUGUUUUUAUUAAUCAACAUAUUCCAUUUUUCUAAGUGAUUUAAUUGUUUCCAGAGUCACCUGGGAUUUCAUAUAUUUUGAUCCUUGUAUUGUUCAACCAACCAAAGGUGCUAUGUACAUAUAUUCUAGGGUUGGCCACAUCGGAAAAUUAGGGCCAACAGUGGGAUUCCAAUAUAGCUUCCUGCAGCCAAUCAGAAGCCGUGCUUUGGUUUUUGACCUUUUGGAAGUCAAACGGACUUCCGGAACGGGUUCGACUUCCAGAACCCCUGUGGUUCUCAGAAGGGGUGGCGAGCCUCGUGGACCCGCAGCUAGUUUCUUCAUGGCCACUUCCUUCCAGGCAUCGUAAGGAAGGUCUCCCUCCACAGAUGCCUCUGAAUGCCAAUUGCUGGGAGCCACAAGUGGGAAGAGAGCUGUAGUGCUCGGGUCCUGCUUUCAGACUUACCAUAAGCAUAUGGUUGGCCACUGUGAGAACAGGGUGAUGGACUAGAUGGGCCGUUGACCUGACCCAGAAGACUCUUCUUUUGUUCAGAGCACCCUCUAGAUAUGGGAGUCAUCUUUCUUUGAUGUACUAGAAGGCAUUUCUGUGGCUCAAAGAGCUGAUGGACAGAGCUGGCGUCAGAAGAAGGGAGCUUGGUUUAGGAAAGAGAGUGGCUUGAUCACCUUCAGUCAUAUCACGCCUUCCUUCCCUGUUGCAUGCACCUCUUUGUGCCUGAGCAUGCUGAGCUGGCGGGGGGGGGGGGGGAAGCACCAUGGUGUCAUGAAUUGUUAGAGAAUACAUUUGUCAGCAAUGGGGCAGGAGCCGGGAAGAAGGGGAGGAGGAGGAAGGUUACCAUAACAGAACAGGCAAGGGCCGUCUCGUUAUUUAUUUAUGGGGUUUCUCCCUCUUGCUUGGCAGCACUGAGGGAGACGAGCAACAGCACUGGGGGCACACUAGCCAAGGUUAAAUAUUCAUUUCACGACUUGGUCUCCCGAUGCUCUCGAGGCUGGCUGCUCAGUCAAGCCCAAAGACCCCAGAGUCCGCUUAGCCAGAUGUGGGAGUCUGACCCACUUUGUGCCUGUUGUGGGGCACUGCGGGUGAGCAAGAUGUUUCUCUAACCCUUUCUGGAUGUGAAGUGGCUAUUUGUCAUUCUCUGAGUUUGAUCCCGAAAGAGCUUAGAUAUGGCUGAUCAGGUUCUACUCUCAGUGCAACUCGCUCUGCUUCUGCCUGGUCCUUUAGAGUCCUCUUCUCAGCUGCAGGGGGGUGGAAAAAGCUUUCCUAACAGGCUGAUACCCCAUGGUGCCAGUGCUUCGCAUGUGCCCUGGCUUCCGGUGCAUUUCCAGACCCAAUUCAAAAUGCCAAUUAAAAAAAAUAAAUUUAUUAGAUUCUCUUCCAACCAUUAAAAAGUGAAAAUCACCAUAACAGAAACAAUAAUAAACACACACACACAACUAUAUGCCAGUUUUAACCUUGAAAGCUCCAAAUGACCUGGGGCAGGAUUCCCACACAUUCAACCGGGAUAAAGGAGACAGAGAGACCCUUGCAGGAAGCAUUGUUUAGCUUUGUUGGAUUGCCUUUACAAGUUGCUUUUCUGUGUCCUUGUUCCAGGUCUGGGAGGCAUUUCUGAAACCCCAAGCUCCCCGGGUGAAUGUCUUCAUGGCAGUGCCCACCAUUUAUGCCAAGCUGAUGGAGCAUUAUGACAAGCAUUUCCGACAGCCUCACGUCCAAGAUUUCAUUCAUGCUGUCUGCCGGGAAAAUAUCAGGUAGGUGGUCCUACCUGAGCCAAAGCCACAGCCAUGUUUCCUCUCCCUCUUGCCCUGACUUGAAUUUAGUUGCAUAAUGGUAACUUUUUAUCCCUUCCUAGGUACCCACCCUAUCCUAUCCCAGAAAUGGGCUAAUUUAUUCUGUAUUAAGAGGCUAGUACUGGUUUGUUGCAGUUGAAAGGAAGGCUCUCUGCAUGUGCUUAAGGUCACCUCCAGCCCCUCUGAAUGCACAGAGGACAAUCCUCAACACAUGCUCAAAUCCCAGAUCUGACGCUGAUGGGUUCUGCCUUGAAUUAAGAUGUAGGCCGUUCCUUCAGUUUAGCAAAGGCACACUACCUUUGCUGGAAGGUGGGUGAUGUCCACAUCAUGGGCCAAGGGAUCAGUUCCAACAGCAGGCAGAGCACCUUGAUUUCAAGUUGGAAAAGAGGGUGAAAUCAUGGGAGGGAGGCGUGCCAGUUAGCAGACUCCUUUCUUUUUCUCAUUUUUUCCAAUCUUAAAUGCACAUUUUUGCAAUGCUGUUUCCCCCCAAAAAUGCUAUUUUCACUAACAUAUGGGGGGUUUUAUGGACACUUUACCCCAGUAUAUACACUUUUGUACACAUUACAUGGCUGGAGAACUGCAUUGCAAAAUGUGGAAAAAUGCACAUGUUUCAGUUCUCACAUAUUGUUUAGGAAAGGGUGUAUUAGGUAGAUUUGCCUUUAAAUGUGAACUAAUUAAAAUUCUUCCAUGUCCCCUGCCAGGCCCUUUCUGAGAGCCGUGGGAAAGGGUAGUCCAGGGACCCAUGGGGCUGCGGUACAGAUUGCAGAAUCUGAUUUCCUAGAUUCCAAUGGGCACUUCUUUUGGCCCCCACUCUGAAGCUCUCCAAGGAGGUUUGCAGUUGUGCAGUGAAUUAAACUGCCCACCACAGACGAUUUCCUUCUUUCGGAAGGAGGCUUUCAGAAGGCUGAACCAGGCACCUGGCAGGGGAUACUUCAGGGACAGGAUAUUCUGCUUCUGGGGCGGAUGUUGAGCUACAUGGUCGCCUUCCAAUCUGGUGACACUGAGCCCAUGAUUCUGUACAGCUUGCCCUCCGAGAGACAAGAGCCAGGGAUCCAGCUUAUUCUCCAGGCUAACCUCCUACUAUCUUGUUAAAAACCAUCUGUCAUGUCUCUGCUCUCGGUUUGGGUUCCAAGAUGUAGAUGCAAAGCCCUUUUUCUGUUCUGGCAGGUGCCCAACCCUCAUCGUGCUGUCACCACUUUGCAGCAGCAAAUGCCGCCCUGUUUUCUUCUCUGCUUGUGGGGCGAUUGCCAGGGAACGUCUUGCUCCGGGGCAAGACUGGCCCUAGAGAGUAGCCUGUCCAGUACAUUUUGCUUUCCUGGUGGCUGUCUCAUGUAGGUGUUUUUUCUCGGUUACAUUUUGUCCAGAGGCUGUUCCUGUGCUCACAGGGGACCAGCACUUCUUGCAACCUGUAUUGUAUUUGCAGGAAACCAGGUCUAUUACUUAGUUACGCAGAAGUUUUGGGGGAAGGGCCCAAAGAGGCAAACAUGGAUAUUCUAAACUGUAGGCCGAGAUUCACAUUUAAAACGUUAAUAUCACAGAAUGCAAGCCAACUGAUUUCCCAUCCAGAUCACCGCAGAUCAAUUCUUCAAUUAACCUGCAGCCCACCACAGAUCACUCCAGAUCAGUUUCCCUUCCAUUCAUUUACCCCAACUUAAUUUCCCAACAGAUCCUGCUCCAAAUCAAUUCAAUUCCUUUUCAAUUACCCCCAUUCAUUAUCUCUACCAAAGUCAUCUUAAAUUGUUUUUUUCUCACCACCCCCAGUUAAUAUCCUACUUGGUUACCCACCCAGACAUGUCCAUCCUGUCUGAAUCCAUCCUAAGGUAUAAGGGAGUGGUAGCAUGAUGCUGAGUUCCCCUUUUCUAGGUAGUGCUGCUGAAAGCAGAAUCCGGCAGGCCCCUGCACUUGGUUCUAAAUAGAUAUUGAACGGCUGUGGCAAUAAUCCUGCUCUGCAGUUGUUAAGCAACUUAACUCUCGCUGGCAUCCCUCCUUGCAGACUGAUGGUGUCAGGGUCUGCAGCCCUCCCAGUCCCUAUCCUGGAGAGGUGGAAGAGCAUCACUGGGCACACGCUGUUGGAGAGAUAUGGGAUGACGGAAGUUGGGAUGGCGCUUUCAAACCCACUCCAUGGCCCGCGUAUCCCAGGUAAGAGUCUAGCGAGGGCUGCAAGUUGUCCUAUGAUGAUUAAAGUGCUUUAGGUGCUGUACGUUUGGAGAAAAAAGGGGAGGUGCUUUCAGAUCAGGACUGUACUAAGGGUCUGUUUUGGCAGGUAAACCCUCGUCCCUUUAAAUCCACAAAUAAGGCUGCUACUGCUGUUUAAAUGUGUAUAUCAGGACUGGGAAAGCCUGUGGCUCACCUGAUGGUGUUGGACUCCAGCUCAUAUAAUCCCUGGCAUACGAGCUGUGUUGUCUGGAGCCAACAGGAGUUGGAGUUCAACAACAUUAGAGGACCAUAGGUUUCCCAUCCUUGCAGUAGAUGAACAGGCAAGAGAAUGAGACAAAGCAACUUCUCCAAGGCCACAUUGUGAUUCUGAGGCAGAGGUAUGACCUCCCAGGUGCUCAUUCAGCUCUCUCUCCAUUGCAUCAGAGUCUAUCUGUCUAUCUAUCUAUCUAUCAUCUAUUUUAUUUACUUCUGGAGGCCCAGUUUAGAUGGUGUGGAGGCCACAAACUUAUAGGAUAGCCCAGCCUCUCUCCCACAACCUGGUGUCCCGCCAGCUGCCUUGGAGUAACACUCCAUCAAACCCUGCCAUCACAGCUGAUCUGGCUGGUUCUGAUGGGAGCUGUCGGAAGCACUAGUGGGCCACCAGGUUGGGGAAGGCUGGCCUGGCCUGUUGUAUUGCUUAUUCCCAGCUGGAGCAGAACUCUGUUACCCCUUUAGACAUAAGAACAUAAGAAGAGCCCUGCUGAUCUGGCUAAUGACCCACAAGUGGGACCCAAGCUCAACAGCACUCCCCACCCCAGUGGUUUCAGCAAGUGGUAUUCAGAAGCAUACUGCCUGCACCAUGGAGGCAGAGUGUAGCCGUCAUGGCUAGUAGCCAUUGGCAGCUUUCAUGAAUUUGUCAGAUGGCUUUAAAAGAGGAUUCAACACAUUUGGUAGCCAUCACUGCCUCAUUUGAGAGUGCAUUCUGUAGUUUAACUAUGUGCUGAGCUCUUUGGUUUUCCCAGAAAAUUCAGCUUCAUUGGAUGUCCACAAGUUCUAGUGCUAUGAGAGAAAGUCAAAAACUUUUCUCUAUCUGCUUUCUCCAUGCCAUGUAUAAUUUUUAUAUGCUUCUAUAAGUUUUCCUCCUCUUCUGUGAGCUGAAAAACCUCAAAUGCUGCAGCCCAGGCCAGCAAAACUCUCAUCCUCAAACACAUCUUCAGCUUAUGUGUGCGGAUAUUGCUCCCCGGAGACUCUUUCAGCCACCGUGUCGUAGCAGACCCAAAGAACAGGGUUUCUUUAGAACUGCCCAGCGGAGGUGGCGAAAGGCAGCAUCCUGGGCUCUGUGAUUGCAGCUUUUCAGGCUUAAGGUGUUAAGCAGCAGUGGCACGAUCAAAGUGCUCCAGCGCCAUGACGCUCUUCCAGCGCUGUGUUCGGUAGUAGGAUGCAUGCCAAGAAUCUCCCUAGAGACAAAGAUGAAAAAGGAGCGAGAUGCUGAGGUUGACACAACACAGACAAAAGAGAAUAAUUAGAACAACCAAAAGCUUCAGGACUGGACAGCUGGCACUGCGGGGUAUGGAGUCGUCAGGCAGCAUGAGAAAACGUAUUGCCAAGUCAGUUCCCAGGGAGCCUCACCAUGGGGGCAAAUCUACGCAAGGCCGGACUUCUGAACUCCAUACUAAAAGAACAACUCCAGCGAGUCUCUGUUUGGAAGGAGCGUGAGCAGAUAGAGGAGGCGCUCAAAGAAACCUGUGGCCUGUGCCCUUGGAUAAUCUCUCUCAGGAACCUGGCUGGCAAAUGGGUGCCCAGAUGUGUACAGGGUGUCUCAUUCAUUCCAAAGGCAGGUAUACAGCUCUGCACAUGCAAAGGAAUGUUCCCCACAGAUCUGCUUUCUCUGUUGGAAUGACAGGGGAAGCUGUUGUGUGCAGGCAGAUCUGCCUGUGUCUUCUGCUGCCAGGACUCAUACCCCUGCCCAGUUUUUCACAUGUAACAUACGUGUGCAAUAUAUUUUUCAUCCCGAGUUUAUUUUAGAGUGCUGGCAAAAUAGGAGGAGGGGGGGUUCCCCUCUCCUCCUGCCGCCUUUGGAAUUUGCAGAGGCAUUUACGCCCCAGCCUCCCUCUCCACUGCCUCCCAGUUGUCUCCUUUCCACCCUCCACCCCUAGCUCCAGGGACCAUGUCCUGUCAUCUGUAGAGCCCUGACACUUCUGUUCUCAAGGUGCUGAGAUCUAAAAGUAUAGGAGAGGUUCUGUCCGAAGGAAGAGGAGAUGAAAGAUUUGGAGAUAAGCGCUUUGCUCGUACAUGGUUAAAACCCUGCUUAAAAUGCUUCUGUUUUCUGCAGUGUGCACACACUCUUUCUCUCUCUCCUCCUCUCUCUCUCUCUUAUCCCCCCGGUGUUGUUACUGUGAAGGGAGAUGAAUAAUUCAUGGCCAGCGAAUGCCUCACUGGGCCUAAUCACCACUUUAAUUGGAGGUUUAGAUCAGAGGCGGCUAAUAGCUCCUACAGCGGGGACUCCAUAGAUUGUUGACAGGGAGAGUGCUGAGAGCCUUAUCGUUGGCCUGUUUCAAUUCUCCGAGGACACCACCACACAUAACAGCAUCCAGGUCCCCUGAUACCAAAGGACACAGACCGCAGGGCCAAUUAAAUUUAUCAGGGAAGAACUGACAACUAACUUAAACAGGGGUGGGGGGAGAACUGGUGGAGGGCUAAUAGGGUUGCUCCCUUCUCUGACGGCUGCCUGUCUUGGGUUGCCGGGGCUGAUGCUUAGCUUGGCAGGCAGCUUGCCAAAAGUCCAGGAGCUCACAAACUAAAAGGGGACAGGCGCAGAGACCUCUCCCCUGGUUUAUACGGUGAGAUUCCGGGCAAGAAUCAGAAGAGGCCAAGGCUGCUUAAAAAAACAACAACAACCAAAACAUCUCUCCAUCUGCAUAGGAUAGAAUCUUCCUUUCUCUUCUUCCACUCCCACCCCCUGGCCAUCUUUGCCUGGCAUCACCGGGGAGCCGAAUUGGACCCUCUGUUACCCAUACAGACUUAAUUUUUAUAUGUCACUCGGCCCCGAGGAGCGCGAGUCAUUGUCUUUGCACGAAGACUUUAAUUGCACUGUCGUGCUGGUAUCGCUAUAAUUAACGUUGUCAGCGUUUCCCAGCCUUUUAUAGACCUCUGCUUUCAAAGGUUUGUCAUUUUGGGUUGGGAGGGGAGAAAAAAAAAAUAGACCCUUUCUGGAAAGAGUGCGAUAAGUCAGCUCUCAGUGGGUAGCUUUUUCUUUUUAAAAUAUAUCUAUACAUUGGGUUUAUUUUGGAAAUAUAGGGACUGAAUUAAAGUAUGGGAGACUUGCGGUUGGUUUUCCUCUGCACGGGAGGGGGGAUUGUUGCAUAGUCUGAGUACAGAGACCUCCCUAUCUUUGCAAUAAUUAAAUUGCUGUCAUGUCUUCAGAGCACAUGCAGUGGUUGUGAAUCAGGCACACAUGUACAGCUCACUCAGGAAGAUGCACCAUCCAUUGUUUCCAUCUUUUGUAAAUUGGUGUUGGAGGAAUCUCUGUCAAAACACUGCAGUGUCUUCAGGUCCUGGGUGCGGGUGGCUGCAGUUCUUUCAUUUCUGAGUGAUGCAGCAGCUUCAAAGCCAAUUGUCAAUAGGUUAGUCAAAGGGCAAGUUUGAAAUGGUCGUUCUCUUCAGAGGCAGCCACAGAAAAAGCUGCUGUUGGGUCAGCACUCUGCACUCCAGUCUUCUGGAUGCAACUGGUGACACCCCAAUAGGGAUGUUGGAGCUCACGUUCUACCAGUUAGUUUCCAGGCUCAAUACAGAGUGCUGGUUUGGGCCUUUAAAGUAGGGCCGCCAUACGUCUGGAUCUUCCCUGACAUUACCGGGAUUUCAAAGGUGGAAUGGACUUCUGGGGGGGAUUUCUGAAAGGCGGCACUUUGUCCUGGAUCUUAGGCAAAUUAAUAGAAAAAUCGCUCAACAAUUUUGGGGUUUUUUAAAAAUAUGGCAGCCCUAUUUAAAGCCCUAUGCAGCUCAGAAUACAGUACCUCAAGGACUGCCUCUCCACAUGUGAGCCAGCCCACACCCUUCAUUAGAGGGCCCCCCUCUGUGUGCCCCCCUCAAGGGAGGUACAAAGGAUAGCCACCAGAACAGACAUUUUCAGUAGUAUGUCCCCUCUCCUCCCCCUGUAGAAUGCUUUCCCUAGGAAGACACACCUGACACCAUCCCUGCCAGUCUUUUGACACCAAGCUAAAACCUUUUGGUAUACUCAGGCCUUUGCCUGCUAUGCUGGUGGUCAUUUUUUAGUGAGGUGGGUAGGACUUGUCAUUAUUAUGUUACUGGAUGGGAAUUUGAUUUUUUUGGUGUGUUGUUGAUCAUUUAAAAUUUUUCAGAUUUUUAAAUUGCUUUUGUGUGUUGCAUUUUAUCUUAUCAAGUUGCUUUGAGACUUUUUCUUUUGUAUAAGGCAACUGAUAAAUGUUGGCAUAAUAAUGAUAAUAAUUCUGCUGGGCCCCUGCUAGUAUGCAGUAUCCUUGGUCCUUAGCUGCCUCUGCCUCUUGCUUGGUGCUCUCCCCUGUCAUUUCAGGGCUUUUGUAUCACCAUUGCAUCAUCCCUCAUGGUGUUGAUGCAAGCUGGUGCACUACUCCCCUCCAGCAUCAGGGCUAUCCUGCCUCUUCUCUGCAUCGCAUGACUUCCGGGUGAAAUGAGAAGUGUGUGGCCUUUCUCCUGCUGCUGUGCCUUUACCAUCUUGACUUCCCCAGCUCCAGCAGGGUUUCUCUGCACAGUUUGGGGCCCUCAUCUUGCCUGCCCCUUUGUAACUGGACCUGUGUCCUGGACCCAGGGCUGUGCUGCUGUACUACUUCCCAAAUUCUGUGCCAAGAGAGUUACGCUGUGCCAUCUGAUUCAAAUUAAAAAAACAAACUGGGCAAAAGCUGUUCAAUAUUUCUUUAAUAGUAAACACUUAGGAUGUUUUUUGUGUGUGUGUGAGCUUUUAUGGAAAGCCACAGUUGAGAGAACUCUGAAAAUGGAUUUUCACUGGAACAAGGAAAUGUUCUGCAAAUGUCCUGAUCUAAAUAGCUCACAUUUUGACCCAUUGCUGUUAGCGGUUGGUGCUGGGCUUGGUGUCUGUCCAAUUGCUCCACCCACCAGCUUUCAACUUCCUCUUUCUUUUCCCUCUAGGGUCGGUGGGGCUUCCACUGCCCGGAGUGCAAGUGCGCAUAGCCUCAGAAAGCUCGCAAAAGGAAGGCCCUGCCUACACCAUCCAUGCUGAAGGCGAUGAGAAUGGCACAAAGGUAUUAACAAACUUGUGCAGAGGACAGGAAGGGCAAAGAGGUUAGGAAAGGGUUAUUUUUUCCUGUCCACUUUGGUCCCCUUGCCAGGAGGAGUGACGUAUCACUGAUGCUACUUUGGGGGCAGUUGGUGUUUUCUUCUUUUUGUUAGGUGGAGAGGCAAACUCAGCUUAUGUUUCUGAGUAGGCCUAGGCCCCCUGAACGCAUGUGGUGAAUACUGGAAAGGGGCCAUAGCUGAAAGCCAGAGCACCUGCUUUGCAUGCAGAAAGCCUCCACUUCAGUUCCUGGUAUCUCCAGUUAAAAAGUGGGUCAAGCAGGAGGUGAUGGGAAAGGUUUAUCCGCCUGAAACCCUAGAGAGCCACAGCCAGUCGGAGCUCACAGUACUCUGCUAGAAGGCGGCUUCCUCUGUUCCUACUAUAAUACUGAUUCAAAUGGUGAACCUCCAAAAUGUUGUUUCUUGGUUCAACCCAACCUGGACAAAUGCCAGCACAUUCAGAAGACCAGCUGAGCACUCUAGAAUCUACCAGGAAAGUUAACUCAGAGGAGCUUGGCCACGAAAGAAAUGGUUGCAUAAAUCACUUAUUUAGUCUUUGGCCUGGCAUGCUCAUCUAUCUAGCUAUCUAGCUAUCUAAUAUAAAUAUAAACAUUUUUCUAGUAAAGAAAGCCAUACAUGGCAGAACAAAUUUCUACAAAUUUAGCCAAUGAUUUUAAUCUUUUAUCUCUUUUGCAAGAAGGCAGUUUGGUCAAUCAUGCAUUUCUCCAGGUCCACUUGUGCUGGAGGUUGUGCUGUGGGUGAUUUCCAGACAGAAGCAGUGCUCAUUCGAGCUGACAUUAACAGGCCGCCCAUUCCUCGCUUCGCUGCUGCUCCCCUCCCUAAACCCAUCGAUUUUAUUUUUUUGCAUUUUCUUUUUAAAGGCUGGAACCAAAAUAAGUUAUGCAAAGUGAUGAAAAUGCUUCUCUUUGAAAAAGUUGGGGUUUCUGGUUGUGGAAUUCAUACUCUCUCCCCUUUCAUUCUGCCCCUAUCAGCCACAUCCACAAGAGGGCAUUAUCACUAAUGCAGCAACUUUAUAAUAGCAAGAGAAAUCUUAUUGCUGUGCUACUGCUUGCCCAAAGCACAAGAAAAUAACAGGUUUUGGGUUUGGUGCGUUACAGAAAAGUAGGCACCUGGCAGAUAUAUCUGCAAAGCAAAUUUCAAAAUUGGAUCAGAAGAAGCUGCCUUAGACCUGGUCAGACUCUGAAGGGUCCAUCUAGUUCAGCACCAUCAAUUCUGACCAGCAGUGGAAUUAUAGUGUUUCAAACAGGGAGUCUUUCCCAACCCUACCUGGAGAUGCCAGGGAUUGAACCUGGGACCUCCUGCAUGAAAAGCAGGUGCUCUGCCACUUCCCAUGGCUCUUCCUCAUAAUUGGGACACCUGCAGAAAAACGGUCCAGUCCCUAGUUGCUGCCUGAGGAAUGAAGGAACACCUGGAGCAGCAUCCCAGAUGAUGAUUUGAAAUAGUGGAUGGGCUCAUGUGGUAGAAGGUGGUCCUUCAAAAAUGUUAUGAAUUACCAGUUGUUGCUUAGAAUACUUCCUUCCUCCAGCUGAGGAUUUUUCUUUAGAACUCCAAUGUUUGGACGUGGUCUAACUUACUUGAGCGUUUGCUUCUGUAAUUCCUGCCUCCAGUUUAUGAGAUCCCUAAUUAAACCUGCCUCUCAAAAGAGAGAUAGAGAUAGAAAGUUUAACCCACAGGAUUAAAUUCCAUGGACAAGAUUCUUGCAGUCAUGUAAGAAAGUUGCACUUGGAAGUCCGAGAGCCGUGCGAUAGUGUGCCAAAAGAGCUGAUGUCAUUUGCAAAGCUAGUUUCUGGCGCAGCCCAAAGAUCAAUAAGCUACUUAGCGGGAAGUUUGCUGGCGCUGCCUCUCUCUCCUUUCUCCCACUUUGCUUCAUUAGAGAAACCUCACUCUGAACCUCGGCACCAUCCACAGUUUCCGAUUUGGCUUCAGCGGUUCUUUGGCUUCAGUGAUUAUUAACCUCCAUCCCAUACUUUUGCCCUUGAUAUACGCUUGAAGGAGGGCAAGGAUCAGCAUCAAGCCCCACUGCGCUGUUGCUAAUAGUUCCUUUUAAAAGUAUAUUUUAUGCGAUAUUAUAUAUUAUUGCGAUUUAGUGCCUUUAUAAUACAAGUAAGAAAACUAUAAUGCACAAAUUUCCAGAGCGGUAGCUGCAUUAGUGUCUUGUAGCAAAAACACUCAGAUCUUUGUGGCACCUUUAAGAUGACUAUCUUUAACUCUUGAGAAUGGUUCCCUGCCUCACUGAAGGUGUUAAUAUAAUCAUUUCAGCAAUUAUCACUGCUGUUGUAAAAGGUUACAAGUGUGCCUGUUUAACAGAUAUUUAAGCUUUAAUUAUCACUGGCUGUAAUUUUUGCAUCUCAUUGCCAUUCAGCUCCUGCCCUACCGUUUUUCUCCUUUGUAUACCUGUCAACUCAGAUGUCAUUUCAUGUCUCUGACAGAGUGGUCUCGAGUCCACAAAACCUUAUGCUGUAAUAAAUUUGUCAGCUUUUAAGGUGCCCAAUACUCUUUUGAUUAUAAUACAGAAGCAGUGGGUGAUAACUAUUAGCCUGGAACUUGGUUGUUCCUCACACACAUAUAUUUAUAUAAACCAUGGUUAUUUAAAAUGGUUUUAUUCUAUAUGUUAAUGAUGCCUGAACUGGUGGUGACUAGCCAGGGAAAGAGCUCGUGGAGUCAUGGGAGAUAUGAAAAUGUUGGCUCUGUGUACUGCAGUUAAAAGUAGAAAAGGGCAACCAAAAUGCUCAAGGGGAUGGAGCAGCUCCCCUAUGAGGAAAAUUUUGGGACUUCUUAGUUUAGAGAAAAGGUGAGUAGGAGGAAAUUAUGCAUGGCAUGGAGAAAGUGGACAGAGAAAACUUUUUCUCCCUCUCUCAGUAAAAUUCAUAGACACCCAGCGAAGCAAAAUGUUGGAAGAUUCAGGGCAGACAAAAGAAAGUACUUCACGCAAUAUAUAGUCGAACUCACUCCUGCAGGAGGCAGUGAUUGCCACCAACUUGGAUGGCUUUAAAAGAGGAUUUGACACACUUUCAUGGAGGAUAAGCCCAUGAUAGGGCUGUGCUCCGCCUCCUAUCACAGAGGCAGUACAGUCAGACCCCACCCCCCAUUUAUACACGUUCUGUAUGUGUGUGACUACACACACAGACAUCACACCAAACCCAGAAGUGAUCCAAAAAGUCACAUAAAGGGACGGAAUGGAGCUGGGGCAGAACGGUGUGUUUUCAGGCCUCUUCAGUGGUGUUUCAAAUAUAAGUGAUUUCACUGGCACGUGCAGUGCCUCGGAACGUAGUAGUAGUAGUAGUAAUAAUAAUAAUAAUAAUAAUAAUAAUAAAUAUUUAUCCCUUCCCAUCUGGCUGGGUUGCCCCAGCCACUCUGGGCGGCUUCCAACACAUAUAAACACGUAAUAAAACAUAACCCAGAACGUUUGUGUAUGAAAAAGUACAGGAUUUCAGCAGGUAAUCACUAGUCAUUCCCCAACUGGAAAUGAAGUGGCAUGACUGCUAUGGAACUUUUGCAAACGGCAUGACAUAUAACUGCCCUGGCCCCAGUACAAUCGUGAGCGCAAAUCAUUGUGAACGCAAAAUCACAAUAAAAAGGACAUCUGGAGGGGCUCUCUAAUUUUAUCAGCAUUGAGGGGCAGGAAAGGGUUAAUCCCCCCUUUCUUCUUUGUUGCUCAGCUCUGGAUAUUUCAUCUUGCUUUGUUCACUGGGAUGCAUAUUUCAUAGGCUGUAGCUUCCCAGCUGGCAGGAGCUUGCAAACUCUUGGAGCAUAGCGGGUAUUGUCUGUCUGUUUGUUUGUUUAUUUUUAAAGCCGCCCCCCCAAACUCCGCCACCAUUCUCCCCCUCCCCUUAAAAAGGGGAAAAGAAAAGAAGCGCUUGCUUAGAUCCAAGAGCCGAACUCUGAGCCUUGGCAGUGGGGCGCUGUCAGCAGAUAAAACGGGCUCUGCAGCUGCACAGAAAUGCCACGUCUCCUAACUGGGAGAUUUUUGAGAGUGAGCAGUUUUGUUGCUACAGGGGCUUCAGGAAGAGAGGAAGCAACAUGUGACUAGAUGAGUGGCGGAGCACACUCUUCCCAACUUUAAUUCAUGCCAUCUCCCAUUUUUAAAAAGAAGAAGAAGAAAGGGCCAUGGAGCAGGUGACACCAAAGGCCUCUCUCUACCUGAGCCCCCGGAGAGCUGCUAUCAAUCAGAACAGACUGCACUGGCUUUGAUCAGGGCUGGGGAACCUGUGGCCAUCCAGAUGUUGCAGGAGCAUAACUCUCAUCAUCCCUCACAACUAGCUGUGGAAGUUGGAGUCCAUGGGGGGCGCAGGACCACAUGUUAUUCCCCGCCCCCCUCAACUGAGAUGUGCAAAUAGUCUGACCUUACUUCCUACGUAAUUGGAGAUGCUAGGAUUGAACCAGUGGGGUUUAGUGGUUAGAGUAUUGGCCUAGGACUAGGAAGACCUGGGUUCAAAUCCCCGCUCAACCAUGAAGCUCACUGAGUGCCCUUGGGUAAGUUGCACACUCUCAGGAUAACCUACCUCACAGGGCUGUUUUUAGGAUAGAAUGGGGAAGGGGGGGAAACAGUGCAUGCCCCCUUGAGCUUCUGGCGGAAAAGUUGGGAUAUAAUUGUAAUAUUAAAUAAAUAAAAUCUGGGGCCUUUUGCAUGCAAGGCAGGUGCUCCAGCUAUGGUCCCUCUGAGAAACUAUGCCCUUCCAAGGAGCCCAGGACUGCCACACCUCAUAUUGGACUCCAUUAUUUUUUUUCAAGGCCAGUGCAAAUGGAUGCACCAAGAUGCAUCUUGAAGAGCUGCGCUGGAGCUGGAUUAAAUAUUUAGCAAAUUGUGAGUGCAGGGAAUGUUUCCUUUCCAGUGGUGAGCUGGUUAGAAAGAUUAGCAAAGUGGACUUUUCCCCCCAAUGAAAGGCUGCUGCAUUCUGCAUUACUCAGCAGAUGGCAUUUCCCUGCAGGGGUGGAUGGAGGAGAGAGUAGCAGCAGGCUGGUCCAGAGCCAAAACUUGGCCUUGUGGCCUCUGGGAGAGCCCAUUUUCUGUGGGACUGGUGGUUUUGUGGAUGCUAAGAAGGAGGCACCACAAAUGAUGCAGAAGGGUAUUGUCUUUUUGAUUGGCAUAGGCCAUUAGUUUUUCCAGUGUGUGUUUUUAGUGUAUGAUUUCAUUCUGUUAACCUGCUCUGCUGUUUUUUGGAGGUGUUGUUGUAUUUGGGAUUUGAUUUUGUAUGUUCAUUUACGGCAGGGAUUUUGAAUCAUAAGAAGUAGAAAAUGCAUUUGCGGUCGCCUAAUCCAACCCCCUGCUCAGUGCAGGAUCUGCUACACAGGAUGCAACUAUAUAACUCCUGACAGGUAGCUUGUCCAUCCUCUGCUUUAAGUUUUUCCUGCAAAGGAGAACUUAACACCUCCUGAGGUAGGCAGUUGCACAGUCAAACAGCUCUUAUCAUUAGGGCUUUUUAAAAAAAAAAAAAAAAAACACCCUAAUGCCUAACUCUGCUUCCUCUACAAUUUUACACUCAGCUGCUCUUGUUCUCUGGAGCAACAGGGCACUUCUGCUUCAUCCUCUGUCCUUCAGAUAUUUGAAGACGGCUGUUUGUAUUCUCUUCUCUUCUUCCUAGGACCAUUUGCUGUGUUGGGUUGCCUGUUUUUACCUUUUAUAAGCCACGUGGUGAUUGUUUGUGUGUGUUUUAAGCAGAAAAGUAGAGUAUAAAUAAAUAAAGGAUAGACUGGCAUACGAAUAGGCAGGCUUUUGAAUUCCCAGUAUGACAGUUUCCUCUUCUGAUCUCUCUCAUCUCCGAGGCAUGCCUGUGAAUUAAAAUUAAUCACCUCUUUAAAACAGAAUAGACAAUGAUUUAAACCAUGCAUGGGAAUUUCUGGGUCAUUCCAACUGCCUCCAAUUCCCCACUUGUGAGCACUGAAUGUCUUGAGGAAUGCAAAUUGGUUCAGUUCCACGAGCAAAAAAUUGGGUUUUGGACUCUCUGCUUUUAGAUUUGUGUGUGUGUGUGUGUGUGUGUGUGUGUGUAUACACUCACAUACAUACAUACAUACAAACAAAAACUAGAUCACUUGGCUAUUGCAUUACAGAUUCUUUACCCAUGCAAAUGAAGUCAUUAUUGAUGAUUUACAGAUUGGGCCAAGUAUUUAGGAUCUCUCUCCCGUAUGCUUCCUCUCCUUUCUCCUCCUCCUCUUCUCAUUUCGUUUUCUCCCUUCAUUUUUUAAAAAUGUGAAACCUCCCAAAAUGAAAAGCGAAUUGAUUGCAUUAUUCUAACCCUCCUUUAUGAAAAGUUACCGUUGCAAAGCCAGAUGUGAAAUGUGGCUGUUGCAGAUUACAGUCUGGGCUCUGGGUGACUUUUUUCUUCCCUCUUCUUCUCAUCCUCGGUGUCGUCUCCCCAAGGAGCUGAAAUCUGCCUUCUCUCCAGCAGGAGGGAAAUGGCGCUGCCUUGCAAUUGCCUUCUGUAGCCUCUGCUGCAGGACACGCAGCUCGUAGCAGAGAUAAUGCCGCUUGUGCGGAAAGGGGGCUUAUGGGGGAAUUUUUAAUUACAAAUGGGUAUGAGGGACCAGGUUGCCUAGGAGAUGGGUAAUGUGCUGCUGAGCGUUUUACUACUAGCAAAUCUGCCAGAAUAGACGAUUAAAAGUUUAUUGCUUUAUCUGAUGCCUGGAUUGGUGGCCUUGUGAAAAAUAAGCCCCUUUGCUCUUAGCUCACCCCUUGCAGAGCCACGGCAGCAGGCAGGAUGCCGCUGGCCAAGUGGCGCCUGUGCCCCAGGGCACAGGUGAGGUGUGCUUAUUGCAGAAGGCAAAAAGAGGCUGGCUGCCUCUGCCUUCCUCUGCUACUACUUUUCCCUGUGGGGAGCUGGCAAGCGAGGGUCCCAUUUCUGCCAGCUUGUGUAGUAUGACUGGUUUCGCCAUCAUUCUGUUGAGGCUAGGAAGCUGUGUGGCGAGGCAAAGGCAGGUUAAAGGCAAAGUGUCCUGAAUUAACAGGGAAGCUAUCCAGCAAGAAGUCAUGUUGGAAUACAGGUGGCUGGACAGAAGAAGGUGUCACACCAGCAACAGUCAGGCAGCAAGUGACCAAUUUCUUCACCUGCCCAGUCACACCCAUCCUGUUGUGGAAUAACAGCAGUAUCCUGAUCCAGAUUACGCGUUGAUUGGUUGUUGCUUCGUUCUUCUGCAUAGUUCUGAUUCCGACAGAUGAGCUGGGCAUGAACAGGUCCUGACACAGGCAAAUGGUUCUCCUUUUGUACAGAAGGUUGAACUGAAUAACUUCUGUGGACAGCAUCCUCUGGAUGACAACUCUUGUUCAAGGCAUGCACAAGAAUAUAAGAAGAGUCCUGCUGGGUCAGGACCGAAUGCCCAUGUAGUCCAGUGUCUUGCUUCCCACAGAGACCAGCUCGAUUGCUCUGGGGAAUCUCCCAGCAGGGUAUGAAGGCACUGUGGCAACUGGUAUUAAGGGGAACUGGGAAGUUCCACACAGCCAUCCCUCCCCCUCACAGCAGACUCAGGUGGUAAGUGCCAACAGAAAUUAAUCAAAAAUGGGGCCAACUAGAAGGAGGUGCCAACUAGCUUGGGAGAACUCUUGAAGUUUGCAGAAGUACAAAAAUUACUUUAAAACAAACCAUUUUUAGCCCCCCCCCCAGCAAAAAAAAAAAAAAAAGUCCAAGAAGGACUGAGCAGCCAAGGAAUGUUGAGUGUCUAUUUACAAAGAAAGACAUCCUAGAAGAGGCUGGCUGGAACCUAGAAGGUGAGCACUGCUGUUAGUCAUGAGAGGUGAGGACCUGCAACCCAAAUAUUGCAGCGUAUCUUCCUCCCAUUAAUAAGACUUGCUGCCCAUGAAUUUGUCUAAACCAUCUGACCUUGUGGAAGUCAUAACACUUUCUGCCUGUGAAUUCCAUAAAUAGAUCACACACAGUUUUGAGAAUGUGGACCUUUGCAGUGGUGGUGGUGGUGCCUUGUGGUUUGCUAUUGGUGAGCCCUUGGCUAAUGUGGAUUUAACCUCUCUCCUCUGGUCAAUUCCACCCCCCAUCCUUGGCAUCAAUAGCAUAUACCGAAUGUUAUGCACCCAACUGCCUGUGCCUGUUCCACAGCAUGGCAGAUGCUGUAUGGCCAGUGUCACGUAGCCGUGUCAAACCAGGAGGGGGGCACCGACUAAGAGCUCCCUACUGUUUUUUUCGCUCUGAUUAGAAAUUGUUUAUGCAGAUUUCUGAUUUUUGUUAAGCAAAUGGAUUAAUAAAAUGACUCAUUUAUGCAGACGGCACAAGCAGAAAUGAUUUUCUCCUGCUUAACUCCCCCCCCCCCGCCAAGAAGAAACUUCCUAGUAUUCCUUAAGUACUUUGAUUCAGGUAAUCAUUUAAUUGCAAAUAUAAACCAGCAGUGCAAACCCUUUGCAUUUUUAACCAGUGCCAGGCGGUGAUGAUGGUGGGAGUGGGAAUAUGCCAUUCUGGAAGUGCUUCUUUAAAAUUUAAAUUUUAUUGCUUUUUCUGCGUGCCGCCGCCGGUGAUCUUGGAGAGCACAGCUGGUGCGUUUACAACCACGUCCCACUAGGAAGAUUAGCAUUUUUUAAAAAAACUUUUUGCUGCCUUUGCUUGUUCUUUGCAGGGAAUGCUGGUGCCCAUGCAUGGUGCCUAAGCUUGACUCUCCUCUAGAGCAAGGGCACAAUCCGAUAGGGAGCAUCUCCUGUGUAAGCAAAUGGCAUAAGUGCCCAUGGUGCCGUGAAUUUUUGAGGGACUCUCGUGGAUUGCAAAGGGACUUGCACAGGAGAUGUGCCCAACAUGUUACGUCCAAGGACAGUAAGUGAUCUUGGCUAUCUAAAUUUCAUGAUAUGCACCUCAGCACAGGGCUUUUUACCUGGCAACUGGCAGCAUCUCCCAACCAGAGGAGUUCCCAGAGGCCAUGGUCUGCUGAACAUACAAAUUUCCUUGGUGGUGGAUCUGACAGUCUCCUCUAGCAUUCUCUCCAGUAACGGUCAGCAUGAAGCAGGACACCAGGGGCUUCCCUUUGGUUUGUCUCCAUCUUUUGUUGCCCAGAGGAGGUAUGCUUCAGUCUUUAAUGAGAACUGCCUGAAAUAAUGUUAGAAGAGCCCUUCUGGAUGAGGCUGAAGGUCGCAGGUAGUCGAGCAUCCUCUUUCACACAGUGGACAAACAGGUGCCUCCAGGAUGCUCACAAGCAGGACACAAGAGCAAUAGCCCUCUCCUGCUGUCAGCCCACACUAUUGGAUGUACAUCAGAGUGCCAUAUAGGUAUCACAGCUAAUAGUUAUUUGAUUUGAUUACAUUUAUAUCUCACCUUUUCCUCUAAGGAGCUUGACUACUUGCUUCUGAUAUCUGGAAUCCCAAGGUGUACCUCCUCGGUGCACAGAAUUUCCAUUUAAUUAUUGCAGCUGAUGGAUACAGCAGUGUCAGCACGCAAAUGCAGAGCAUCUAGUGGCCAGUGAAUGGGUGUGUUAGCCAAGGCCUCAGGCAAAGGGCCAUAGCUCAGUGGUAGAGCAUCUGCUUGAGAACCCGGAUUGAAUUCCUGGAGAGCCUCUGCCAGUCAGUGUGGACUAGCACUCAGUAAGCUAGAUAGACCAAUGAAAUGACUUGGCAUAAGUUCACCUGUUCCUUGAGUAGCAUGAAUAAUAGAAUCGUGGAGUUGGAAGGGACCUGAAGUGUCAUCUGGUCCAACCCACCUGCAAUGCAGGAUUUCCACUAAAGCAGCCCUGACAGAUGCCCUUCCAACCUCUGCUUAUAAACAUCCAAUGAAGGAGAGUCUACCACUUUCCAAUGGAGUCUGUUCCACUGUAACUUACAAGAAUAUUGGGCUUAUGCAAAUGUUACAUUUAGACAUAGACAUCCUGUAAAACAAGUGAAGACCAUAACAUUGCUGGGCCAGAGCAAAGGUUGUCUAGCCAAGUCCUUUGCCUCCAGCAGCACUGAUGUCCAUCUCCAGUUUCUCUGCUGCAGUUUUUUCAGGGCAGCAGGCUUUAGGGCUAUCCUAGAACUCACCCGUAAACAACUGAGCCUUGCCUGGGGAAAGUAUCAGAGAAAAGCUCUCACCUCUCUACUAGCCACCUUGGCUGCCUGCUAAUAGAGAGGUAAAAUUGAAGCAUUGAAAAUAUGCAUUUUAUAAUCACCCGGAUUUAUUCCUUCAGAGAGUUUAUUACAACCUUUUUAUUUUCAUGCGUGGCAAAUGUAAUCUUAUCUGGCGCGCCGGCUGGCCUAGCUCAGCUUGCUGAAUCCGUUUUGCGGCGGAAAGCUAUCAAACGCCAGUCUUCCAGGGCACACCGUGUCUGCAUGUUAAAGUUGCUUGAACGCAUUAAAGCAGCUGAAACGUGCAUUAAAAUAUGGCACUUGGAGAAUAGGAUAUCUAUGCAAUUAGCCAUCUGAUGCUUUCAACAGCUGCUUGUAAGUUAGAUCCGGUGUAUCAACAAAAGGGUACCUUGGAGAUUUUGAAGAAGAAAGGAAAGCAAGCUUACUGGCUGCAGAAGAAGCCCUCCAUUGGGAACUUCAAGGGGUUGUUGUUGUUGUUGUUUUGAAGGGAUGUCAAGUUUGUGGAUGUGCCAUAGAUGCACAAGCAUCUUGAACCUCCAUUUUAAACACACACACACACCCCGGCCUUUCUGCCUCUCCCCCACCCCACCCCCUGCCACCGCCUGUAGUGUUCAGGCAUUGCAAGCUGAUAGUGCCAAACUGGUCCACAUGUUCCCAGGCACUGGGGAGCACAGCUACGAACCCUGCGAGUUCAAGAAGCAAAAUCCUAUUAAGAUAACGUCACGGGUUUUCUGUUUUACUGUUUGCAAGCCAGCUGUAGUAUCGCAAAAUGGCACAACAGGGAGGUGCCUGCUGCCAAGGAGCUGUGCUGUAGAUAAGAUGGGGGGGGAGCAUUGAACCUCUGCUAGAAUCCAAGUUCAGGUGAUAAGGAAUUUGGAACCCAUCCAGCCUUUUGAUUCAGACAAGCAGGGGUGCACAAACUCCGCUGAAACUCCCUUUUGCCCACCUGGCUGGGGAAUUGCGCUGUUGCUACCACUAUCCCCACACCAUAUUCCCAGGACAUACGACAUGCUGCAUUUAAAUAAAAAUAAAAAUGAAAGGGUCAGCUUGUUCUGCUCACUGCAGUGCAAGAUGACACAUUAUGUAGGUCAGCAGCACUUGGGUCGUUAUAUUUCCAGAAACUCCAGGAGAGCUGGGGAAGGCAGGAUCUGAAGCCUGGUCAUCUUCUGCACACAUCAGCACUGUCAUGAAGAGUCAGCAGUCUGGGACUUGGCUAUCCACAUCCGGACGCUGACCUUCCAUCUUUGCUCUAGGACCGGUAUUGUGAAUCAGGAUAGGUCUGAGAAGGCUGCAGUUGCUCCGUCAUGCAGGUGCCUUGGGAGGGUCAGGAUCCCCUUGCUUCAUUGCUAGAGUGCAGCUUUUUUUGGGUUGAUGGGUGCAAGCAACUUGUGCUAGCAGUGGAGUACAUGGCAUCUCUGUUUCCCCAGGUGACCCCAGGUUUGGACGACAAAGAAGGGGAGCUCUUUGUGAAGGGGCCUACGGUAUUUCUGGAAUACUGGAACAGACCUAAGGAGACCAGGGAUGCCUUCACUCCUGACGGCUGGUUUAAAACAGGUACCUUGAUUGGGGAGGUGCUGAAGCACCUCACUUUGCAUGCAGAAGAUUCAAUUCCUGGCAGCACCUCCAGUUAAAAAUGUCAGGUAGCCAGUGGUAGGACAGUCCCUUCUGUAACUGAGACCUUGGAGAGCCACUGCCAGCCAGAGAGAUGAGAUGGACAGAGUAACUGACCUGACAUAAGACUACUAACUACAUUUUUUAUAGGACCCCCAAGUGAGAGAGUCUUAGUGCGAUGUGCCCUGUGGCAAGACUCCUCUACAUUGGUUCAUGGCACAAGACUAUGGGAAAGAUCUUCAGCCCUGGUGUGUUUGGCUGGGAACCAGGAGCUGAUGCAGCGCUUGCGCCUGGCUGCUGCUCGGGCAAAGUUACUGGACUAGUGUUAGUAAUAUUGAUAUAUUAAUACAGGAGUAGACAUCGUGGUGUCCGCCAUCUCCAACAGCCCCAGCCAGCGUCACUAAUGAUCAGGGAUGAUGGGAGUUGUAAUUCAGCAACAUCUGCAGGGCACCGUGUUAGCUAAGCAUAAAUUAAUAUAUCAUUUAUAUCUCUUGUAUGCAAAUAACUCUGGACUUGCCUAACUCAAUUUGCCCUUGCAACAAGUCAAGAGUAGCAUAGUUCCCAUUCAGUGUCCACUUACCUUUCCUGUUCCACGUUGAGCAGGGAUUUGAACCCAAGCCCUGCUGGGACCUCCUUGUGUUCUGUCUGCAGCAGUAAUAUGGUUAAGUGGUGUUUUGCUCAUAGGGUUCAGUCAAGGAUUCUCCACUGAUCAUAUGAACCCUUGGCUGAGUUGGGUCUCAGGAACUAAAUAUCCCCACCCCUGAUGGGGACGCCAUACAGUUGUGCCCUAAAAAUGGAAUGGUUCCUUCUGCUAGCUCCAUCCCUCAGCAGAGCCUUGGAAUGUAGGGGGACCUGUUAAGAGUUACAUUUUGGCCUCUUAAGUCUCUUGACCCAAAGCCGUCUUGUUUUUGACUCUUUCCUAUUCCUGUUACUAGCAACAGUGUAAGUGUAUACACAUAGGACAUUUGUUCUCUCUUCGUUCAGCCCUGGUUAUCAUUAAUCUUGUAGGCUGUAGAAAGCUUGGGUGUCUGGUUAAUUUCAUUCCUGUCACUCAGUCUAUUCCCACCCCUGCCCAGGUCUUUGUUUGCACACAGGGGGCACUUCCUUUCUGUAUCGCUGCUUGUUUAAUGUAAUUUGGGCUGAGGAGGAAUGUGAGAGGAAGACAACUAUCAUGCAACAUGGCACCAAAUAAAAUGAGCUGCAAACCAACAAUGUCCCCAGUUCAAAUCUCGCUGUGAUAGUUUGCUGAGUGUUCUUGAUCAAGUGGCUAUCAGCGUCUCAUCUGCAGUAUCAGAAUAAUAUGCUGGCCUACCAUGCAGGCCUGUUGUAUGGAUUACAGCAGGAUAACAUAUGUGAAGCACUUUGGACAGUAAAAUGCUAUAUAAUAAUAACAUUAAUAACCGACUUAAGUGCUUCAACCUGACUUUCUGGUGCCUUCUCUGUGGCUUUACUGUGUGUGUUCUAUUCAUUUUGUGGUUGGGUGGUUGGUUUUGUGACUUAAAUGAGAGCUGCAGUUUGGCAAGUUUUGCUCAUGCCGCAGUCCUCCUGUGAGCAGCGAGAUUUUGCGGCUUGAUGUUAGUGGGCAAUGCAGCAUUGUGGGGCAAUCCGUUAAAAAAAAAAAAAGAACGAAAGGAUUUUUAAAAAGUUGACCCUCCUGAUGAAUAUUUCAGAUGCAAACGAAUGGCAUGCAUUAAUUAUUGUAAAGAGAUGUCUUUAGGAGAAAAUGAUUUUGAAAUUCAGUUUAAUUUCAUUGUAAUGCAUUGCAAACAGGAAGGGAGUAUGUGUGUUUAAUUGGCUCUCGGGGGUAUGGCCUGGAAGAUGCCAUGCCUUUGUCACAGACCAUUAGCGAUACAGACUGCAUAAUGAGAAACUACAAUCAGCUCACAGCUGCUGGCUCCUACGGGGAGAGAAUGAUAUUAAAUGGAAAUCAGUAUAAAUUAAACUUAACCCUUUCGCUGGGCAAAUUUUAACUUCCAAGCAAGAAAUGCUGGCAGCGGGGUGGUGGUGGGAGAAAAUGACAGCUCUUCUGAAUUAGAGGCAAGUUGGAGAAGCCUCAGAAGCCACCCUCCGUCCUACCACUGUUAAUCUCAUUUGACACAGAGUGAUGGCAUUUUGAUUGUUUCCCUCUGGUUGCACCCCACCUUCCCCUCCCCCCAAUUUUCCUCCUGUCCCCUUUUGGAUCUUUGGAAAAAAAUAUAUGGUAGGCAACAUAUUUCCAGAGCUGACACCUCUUGAUCCACAGUGAGAUGCAGGUUUGCAGGUGAGACUGCCUUGUUAGCUAUUCAGAAAACUAUUUUGUAUGGAGGCAUAGGAAGGAAUAUAGGGAAGCUGUCUUUUAAUUGAGCCAGGCCAUUGGUCCAUUAAGCUCAGUAUUGUUUACACAGGCUGGCAGCCAGUCUCCUGGAUUUCAGGCAGGAGCUUUCCUCAGCCCUACCUGGAGAUGCCAGGCAUUUACCCUGGGGCCUUUUCCAUGUAAAGCAUGCAUCACAGUCCUUCGGUACACAAAUGCUUCACUGAGAAAAGACCGGCUCUUCAAACUGAAAGUCAUCCUGAGCUCCCCACUUGUAUUCUGCGGUUUUAGUAGAUACUGUCCUUGUGUCUUGAAACUUGAUCCCUGUAGCAAUGAGGUCUACAAACUUUUUAAAAAAGAAAUUGAGCAAAUACUGAGAUACUCAGAAGGUUGAAUUCUGCUGUUGUGCUGUGGGUGCACAGAACAUACCCAACCAUACACAAAAGACUGAGGAGCAGCAUGCUCUUCCUCUUCUAUCAUUAUGAAUCCCAGAGAGGUACCUACUCCAAAGCAUUUUGUAGCAGCAGCAAAAUGAGUUCUAGAGGAAGCAUUUGAAUGAGUUAAACAGAGUUAAUUACUGCCAUGGUGUUCCAAAGAAUGCAAAUGAAGCAGAUUAUAACUGCAACAGGGGCAUUUACUGACACAGCUCUAUCAUGGCUUGGGGAAAAUACCUUAAAAUCCUACUUGCCAGCAUUAGAGUCUUAACUGCUCGUGCAACCAGGCACUCAGGAUUUUUACAGUCCUAGUCACAGAUAAAGAGAAAAGAUAGAGAAAGGCAGCAGUGAACAAGGGAAGGAACUAUACUCUUACCCAACUUAGGUCUGAAUACGGCCACUUAUGUCCCCCCUUCCCAUCCUGGGCAUGGGGCCCAAUGUGGCAAGGCUGCUGAUGAGGCAUUCUUCAAGGGCAUGUGGAAGCUGGCCCUCAGUUGGGGUGGGAGCACAACUGGAGCAAAGUAAACCUGGCGACGGUGCGCUGCUCUGCCUCUAAUAACUUCUGAGCCAUAAUUGAGCAUUUUGCUUAUUGCUAAUGACAAUCCUAGAAACCAGCAGGUCAGCAAAUGAAGAAUAAUCGCUAGCAGAGAAAGCACAUGCAGAUUCUAACAUGCUGCACUUGGUGAUGGAUUGAGCCACAUUAAGAUGGAGCUCCAGAGUUCUAGGCAGAUAGGGUAGCUAAAGUCUGUCAGGGUCAGAAAGAGAGCUAGAGGUGGGAACAAAUGCCCCAUGGAUAUAAUGGAGGGCUGUUAAUGAUGUGUGUCUGUGUGUGCUUAUUUAUGAAAGGAAAUAAUGCAGCUGGCCUUGGCUCACCUUGCAACUGUUCAGGCUCUUACUUAUAUAAAGAAGCAUCUUCUUCUGCGUCUUGACAUGCCAGUAAACAACCCCACAUAUGAUGAGCUAGCUGUGUGUGAACAACACUCUCCCUGUCAUUGGCUGAGCUUCUGUGGCGUCAUGAAAUGUUCACUAACAUUCUGACUUAUCCAUGGAAUGAUGACAAACUGCGUGUUCCUGUGAGGGAUGUGAAAGGUCACUUUGGUUCAGAUAGACCUUUAUACAUGAGCCCCAUAAAAUGCAAUAAAUGCAGUCCACAUCACGAAGACCACUGUUCUCCACAAGAAGAAGCGACCCAGGUGAAUUCAGUGUAAGUAGUCGCAAAAUCACUCAAGCAAUUACAGGCAGCAUUCUGAAGUUCACGAAGAGUACGGUACUUCCUAAAUUGCAAAGUGCUACGAAAUGGUGGGGCGAAAAGCAGCACUCCUAGCACUUUAGCAUCAUGUCCACGGUUUCAUAAAUCCAACUGUUGCUUUUGUGUUCUCCCAGUACCUUGAAAUACGGACAUAGUCAGCCAGGAGCUUUUCCUGCUGUAACUCUGUGGAAGUGAAUAUAAGAGCGCAGAGUGGCUACACUAGUUUGGUUGAAAGAUGGGCUUUCAUCUUGAGUGUCUAUGUGCAUCCCCCUCCCGCUGUGCAAAGGAUUUCUCCCAAAGGAAAAGCACGCUGUGCAGCAUGAGUGGCAGGGAGAGGCAAGAUCAUAGAGCUAUGUUCUCCCCGAGGAUAGGCUCGCUCCAUUCACAUUUGCCCACACGUCUAGGAAAGUAGAACCUGGGAGUAUUUGGUGAGAUUUAUUUUCAAUUACAGGUUGAGGCAGAGACAUGACAUAGUGCCGACUUUGAAAGUGGUGCAUAAAUCCUGCAAGCAAAUCCAUGUAUAUCAGCUCCAUAUAAUAAGACUUUAUUGAUUGCUAUAUUGUAUCUGUCAGAAUAAAACUCCCUUAAUGCCUGCAUCAGGGCCAGGAAGAUAGAGGCCUUGGCUGGUAACGGAAUCUGAUUCAAGAAUCAAUGCAGUUUGAUUAAUAUGUCGUUAAGAAAGUAAGAGUUAUUUAACUUGUUUGAUGCGGGCUUUAAACCGAUGACUCAUUUCUAUUAAGCUCCCCUGCUUUUGAGCUGUGCAGAAAACAUAAAUGCGAUCAAUGUUGCUCUUUUGCAUGUAACCAAAUCCUGUAUUUUGGUAUUCAGAGUUUAUAUUACAGUUCCUUUUACGGAAGUCCCAGUCUCUACCUCUCAAAUGCAUUUCUUAUAGGUCCAAAAUAAAUAUUCGCAUACCCUAAGCUUCCAGGGCUGGCCCAAGACAUCUUGCAGCCUGAGGCAAAGGAUAAGAUGGUGCAUGCACACACAGGGGAGUUGACCGGACUAGUGGUUGAAUCUUGCCUGAACACAGAUGAUGGGACAACAUUGUCCAUGAUACCUGAGGGUAGCAAGCUAGUUUAUGGAGCCCAGGAGAGGUUGUAUAACACACAGUGAUCUGUCUUCCAGUCAGGGGGAUACAGUCCCACUGCCCAGCUUCUGUAGCCUGCAGCAGUUACCUCUCUUCCUAAUAGUGGGGCUGCCUGGCAAGUUUCUGCAAAUGCAUUGUGCACCACACAGAACAGACUGCUUGAUUUCAUCAUUCUGAUAAUCUUAAUUGUUGUUUCUAAGUAGCGAAGGCACCCAGAGGAUGCGAUAAUUUUUUUCCUGCUAUUUCUGCAGUUUUCUGCUUUUCUACCCAACAGUCUCAGACAUUUUGCAGGGCACCUUGAAUAUCAUUGCCUUUAGGGAUCGCAGCUGUAAAUCAGACACAUUUUGGAGUGUGGAUUGCAGUGUGGAUGAUUCCAUUGUUUAGGUAGGAUGCAGGUUCUGUCUGUUGCUUUUCACAUUUCCCCAAAUUUGGAUGCUGCCCGCUGCUGGUGGACUGUGAGCACAAUUGACAGAAUACCAAAAAGGAGGCAGUGGGGGAUUUUCAAAUCAUGAACAUGGCACUAAUGUGCAAUGAUAUUUAUUUUUAAAUCUAACAUUUCUUAACACUUUGCAGUUCAGGAACUACUAAAGCAAACAGCUGUCACUGUAUUCCUCAUGAGCCUCAGAAUAUAUUUUCACAGCAGAUAAUUCCCCCUUCACCUAAAGAAAGUAAAUCUGGUAGAGUCCACAUAAUUAUCUGCACCUGUGGAACUACUUGGCAGUAUCCACUUCAGUCAUUGAUGGAUUUCCUUGUGGCAGGUCAAGUUUAAAAAUGUUUAGACCCUUGAAGGCAACCGACCAGGACUUCUGGCAGUCCAAGGGCAGAAUGCCAGUGCUCUGCCAAACUCCUGGCCCUCCCCCAAUGGCUCAUAGAAGAAGGAUAAAUUAUGCAAGAUUUGCAGAUAUGCCUGAUUUGCAGAAUCCAUUCAGGUGUAGAAUAGAUGUCAUAUUGGCACAGAAUUUCAAUCUGUUCUGUGGUUAGCCCUGAAGGUUCUGUUCAUUCCCCUGUGAGUCCUUUUGCCCUUCAACCCUAAGAGGAUAGAAGAGCAAAAAAACAAAACAAAAACACCCCUUUGCUUGAGCUUGGCUGGUCUUGUUCUGUUCCCUUCAAUGCCAGCUAGCACAGAGAAGGUUAAGCAGAUGGCACGCCGCAAUACUACACUGAGUUGGCAGUGGCUUUUUCUGGCUCCUUCCAAUCCCCAGAGAGAAGCAGGUGUUCCCCACUCCGGGGUGGGCAUUUGUUUCCAUUCAUGGGCGUUCACACCUGAGAUAGAAAUCACUUGCGCCUGUUCGGCACAAGCUAUAAAUAGGAACAUGUCUAAUUAAAAUCCUAGCAUGCAAUAUUUUCCCCAUGUUUGUUUACAUUGUCUCUCCCAGUCAUAAAUUCGAUUAAUACUAUUUUUUUGUUUUAAAUUAUUGCUUAAUUAUGAGCUCCUGCAAAUGUUGCAUAUGACUUAUCAGCAGGGUAAGCCCGCUGCAUGAAAUACACACGCCCAAGGCUGGGAAGAGGGAGAGCUUUCUAGUAGCCAGAGGUUGAGAUCCAGAGAGUGGCCUGGUGGGAUGAUGUGAUUAACUCAGAUGGACUGGGAAGAUCUGCUUAGCCUUGACCUCUAGGAUUAUGUCUCUUUUGACAUAUCCUUGCCUAUGGAUGGUCCCCUAACUUAAUUAGCUCCAGCAGCAAGGAACUGUACUCUAGCUUUGCCCAGGGAUGGGAACAUCUGGCUUAGGGGUCACGUGCAGACCUCAACUUAAUUUCCUGUUGGUGGUGGGGGAGGGACAGGAACGGGGGCAGGGCUUGCCCACCACUGGCUCUGCCCCUGUCUAUCACUGGCACACAGUCCCCAGUAGAUUUCUCACAAGGGAAUAUGAUUGAAGCAAAUGAGGAAUACCAUUACUGGGCCACCAGGGCUUCCUCAGUUCCACAGGAAGGACAUCACUGCCUUGGAAGCCAUUUCCAAAUGCCCAAAUAUAUACAAAAAUACAUAAGAGGCCUCCAGUCUGGGUUCCAUCCCUGGCAUUUCUGAGUAGGGCUAGGAAUGUCUCCUGCCUGAGACCCUGGAGAGCUGCUGCCAGUCAGUGUAUACAGUAUGCACUGAGAUGAAUCAAUGGUCUAACUGAAUAUAAGGCAGCUCCCUGCAUUCCUAAAUAGGACAUUAAAGAUGGCCAUUCCCUGGGCAAAUCUGUAUUUGGCCUUAUAGCUGCUGUACUUCAAUCAAAAGAAACCCUGAGACCAUUGAAAUGAGCAGCUGCAAAAUUGGAAUUCAUUGAAUAAUAUUAUCCAGUCUCUCAGGAUAGUAUGGGUAGUUACUGCACAAAGAAAAUGUAAUUGUCCCUCAUUUACUGUUCAAGCUUUGAUGCACUAGCAAGCACAAAUUUAUGUUUAGAUUGUGCAUUAUAUUUACGUUUUCAAAAGCCAGCUAUCAGAAUAUAUGGUCUUCUCUCUCCAAUUUAGGUUAUAACCAGCUAUGCCAUAACCUCAGCUGUUCUUUUCCAAGCAAUGGCCACAGCAGCAUGGGGGUUCUGACCCAAGCAGGAGUUCAUGGCAGGGUCAGGCAGGACAAAGCAGUGCAAAGUUCUGGCUUCAGCAAGGCAGGGUCAAAGAAGACAAGUUUACUUUUCCCAAGUUGUAGUAAUAGAAGCCAGGUAUGUUCACAUAUAUUUGGUGUGGGGGACCUUUGGCAUUUGAGAACUACAACUCCCAUCAUCCCUUUGCCAUUGGCCAUUCUUGCUGGAACUAAUGGGAGUUGUACUUUUGAAGGGCCAAAGGUUCUCCACAUUAGAAGGAAAUCAACAAGAUGCAGAUAGCACUUUGGACAGCUCCACUGAGAGUUUAGGACUAGGUAGGUGACAUAUAGAAGCAAGACUCAAAUUUUGCUUCAGUAACAGGCAACCCCAAAAGAAACAUUAAACACAGCUCCAUCUCCAGCUGUGCCUUUGGUGAGAGGAGUCUCUUGAGUUAAAGGGACCUAGCCUGCUUUAAUGCCUGUUGACUCCAGCCAGAGAAAGGCAAUGGAGUCAGAGAAAGGCAAUGGAAUCUCCUCAAGCCAGAAAGACACUGGUGCAAUGGGCUGCUUUUGUGCCAGCAUUUCUAGGGUAGUAGAAGGUGAUAGUUCAGGGGCUGGCUCUGAAGGUGUUUCACUCUUCCAUGCAGAAACUUCCUCUGAAUCCAUAGUAUUCUGGAGUCAUGACACAGCCGUACACGUUGAGUUCCAUUCAUACAUCUGAUAAAGGUUUUCUUUCUUUUUUCAUUUUCUGUUAUUUCAUGUAGCACACUCACAUCUUCAAGGCUUGGCAGGUUGGUUGGCAAGGGCCCACUGUGGCUCAGAGGUAGAGGUGGGAAUGUCCCUAGUCUGAAACUCUUGGAAAGCACUGUAAAGAAUAUUGAGCUGACUCUGUAGCAGGCAACAUCCUAUGAUCCUCCUCUUCCUUGCAUGUAAGGAAAAACAGCAUCCCAAAAAUGGAGGUGGGGGUGGAAUCUGAUAAGAAAUAAUAUCACAGUAUCCAGGGCUUUGUUUUCUCAGUUUUUAAAGCUUUCAUCCCCUCUCCCCCUCCUCCCCACGCUGCCUUCUGUCACCCCAGUGUCUGGAAGCAGUGGCUUUGUUUGCAACCUCCCCAGUUCAAGGCCAAAUGCCUUGUAAGCAGUUAGCCUUUUAUUUAACUCUGGUGUUUUGCCCAGCCAGCUGAUAAGGACAUGUGAAAGAAGAAGAAGAAGAAGCCUCUGACUUCUAAGGGCUUCCAAUUCCUUCCCACUCUGUAAUCCUGGGCAGAUAACAUCAUUGGGAGUGAUAGCCCCAGGCUCUUUGCUUUCAACAGAAGCCUCCCUGUGGGCUUCACUCAAGACAAUUGAGAACAUAUUUACUCAGAACUAAUGGCAUUGUGAUAGAAGCAGAAAUGGGGGGGGGGGAGGGUGGCUGCAGCGCUUUGCUUACAGUGGUUGGUGAAGGAAGCUUCUCUAUUUUUAAAUAAAAGGGCUACUUGGACACCUUUUGCAGGGAAUCCUCUGCACCACUGCCACUGCUGCUACCUUGGUGGAUUAUUUAACAAUCCUGCUCAUUCACGGGAGACAACGGGAAGGUCACUGCAUGGGCGUAGCGAGGAGAGAGUUAUUGCUUGCUUUAGCUAGACGUGUAAUUGAUCCCGGAGCUGUUCUGCAAAGGGCAGGAGCGGAGCAAAGGGGUUUUAACUCCAGCAUCUUGGUUAUUGCAAUUACUUUUUGCCAAGCUUCAGCCUCUCAAGCUGCUGAGUGGCAUGGCACUCUCUUUUUUCCUUUUCACCAUCUGCAGGGAUGCCUAUAAAUACUUAAAUGCUAAUGUGAGAGAAAGUAGAAAAAGGGAAGGAAGGAAAGAAGGAAGGAAGGAAGGAAGGGAGUUUCCUAUUUAUGGUGACCUGUUUUUUUCUCUAGAAACUCUCCACAGCACCUUGACGGAAGUUGACAGGGAGGAACAUUUUUAUUUCAUAAUACAAGAACUCAGGGUCACACAAUGAAAUCAGGUGGCUGGAGCUUCAGGGCCGCCCAAAAUUAUCUGCAUCCCAGAGUACAUUGCAUAAUUAACUUAUGGAACUCACUGCCACAAAAUGUGGUCUUGUCCACUGGCUUGGGUGGCUCUAAGGGAAUUAAACAAAUUAAUAGAGGAUGGAUCUCUUGGUGGCUGUUAGUCAUCAUAAGGGGGACAUGCAACAAAAUGUUGCAGUGCAAAGUACUCCUUUUCAGCAUGCUAGCCAGCCAGCCAUAUCUUCUUUCAGAAUAUUCCAUUCCCUUCCACCUCUUUGCUUGUUUUCAGUCUUCCUUUCCUUCAGUUCUAAAAGUCAAGCCAGCAUUCCAUGGCCCCUGUGUAUGUUCAGGCCUGCCUGGGCUGUUUUGCGUCUCCUACCCACCUCUCCUUAGAGACCCCCACCGCCCAAAAAAAUGUACUUCUGUAAAUCUUUUUUGCUUGUAUGGUGCUAUCUUGACUGCAUAAGGCUUCUUUCAGAGAAUGAGUUUGCCAUGUGGAACCAUGUUUAGAGGCAGUAUGCUGCUGGGGAGCAACAGCUAGUCUGAAGAGAGGGCUAUGUGCCUCUAUGGAUGGAUAUGGCUUAAUGGGGGGUGGGGGUGGAGAGAUGGAUUGUAAAAUAUUUUGCCCUACAGCUAAGAGACAAAUCACCAUGUGGCAUUCCUAGGAGGGUUGGGUAGUUGGCAGUUCAGUCAGCUCUCGCUUAAGAAUAAAAAUAAUAAUUUUACUAUUUAUACCCCACCCAUCUGGCUGGGUUUCCUCAACCGCUCUUGGCGGUUCCCAGCAGAAUAGUAAAAACACCGUAAACAUUAAAAACUUCCCUAAACAGGGCUGCCUUCAGAUGUCUUAUAAAAGUCAGAUAGUUGCUUAUAUGUAGGGAGGGUGUUCCACAGGGAGGGUGCCACUACUGAGAAGGCCCUCUGCCUGGUUCCCUGUAACUUCACUUCUCACAGUGAGGGAACCCACAGAAGACCCUCAGAGGAGGACCUCAGUGUCCGGGCUGAACAAUGGGGGUGCAUUAAACACCCAGUGCAGGUAUAGCCCUUUGGAGGCCCAUCCUUUUAGGAUACCAGAUUUGCACCUGAUCUAAUUUUAAAGCCUACAAUCUACACACACACCAGAGAUUUCUGCACAUUCCAGUGACUGAUCUGUCCUUUCUGCCUUCAGGGAGAGGUAACAGCAGGGCCAGUACGAUCUGCACAACAAGGAAUCAAGGCUCUUGUUGUUGUUUUUUAGUCGUUUAGUCGUGUCCGACUCUUCGUGACCCCAUGGACCGGAUCACUCCAGGCACUCGAGUGUCUUCCACUGCCUCCCGCAGUUUGGUCAAACUCAUGUUCGUAGCUUCGAGAACACUGUCCAACCAUCUCGUCCUGUGUCGUCUCCUUCUCCUUGUGCCCGCAUCAGGGUCUUUUCCAGGGAGUCUUCUGUUCUCAUGAGGUGGCCAAAGUAUUGGAGUCUCAGCUUCAGGAUCUGUCCUUCCGGUGCACUCAGGGCUAAUUUCCUUAAGAAUGGAGAGGUUUGAUCUUCUUGCAGUCCAUGGGACUCUCAAGAGUCUCCUCCAGCACCAUAAUCCAUAAGCAUCAAUUCUUCAGCGAUCAGCCUUCUUUAUGGUCCAGCUCUCACUUCCAUACAUCACUUCUGGGAAAACGAUGGCUUUAACUAUACGGACCUUUGUUGGCAAGGUGAUGUCUCUGCUUUUUAAGAUGCUGUCAAGGCUUUGGCACAUUAUAAAAAGCCACCUGUGCUUCAAGGCAGGCACUUCUUGCCUUGCCCACUUCCUCAAUUACCUGCCACAAAUGAGUCUCAGCAGGGUGAAACCCAGGGAGCGCAGGGAGCUUGCCAUUCAGGUCCCUCAACAGCACUAUUAGUGGUUAGUAGCCAAAUGGAGAUGUAGGAAUGAGCGGCUUGGCAUUCGUCAAUGGAAGGCUACCUUUGCCGAGGCUCCUGCCUCCUAGGUACCUGAAGCAGGUGUGUGAGAGAGAGCUCCUCUGCAGCCUCUCCCAGAACUGUUGGCUUGCCUCCAUCCUGCCUCUUGUUGAGGAAGAGCUUAUUAGCAGAGUUCUCUGCAAAAAAAAAAAAAAGCCCUUGAGUGGGUUUCCUUUUCUGUCUUUCUGUUGUUCUUUUUUAAAGGUGUAAAUGCCAGGGGAGGCUCUACCAGCGCCUCGCAUUCUUUCAUCUCGGCAGGGCUUUGCCCUUUCUCGCAGCAUGACUCCGACAGCAGGCUCUGUGCUGCUGUGCACAGAAUACAAACAAACUCACGGAGUUCGGAGCAUGACAAGAAUUCCAUUGCAGGCAGGCAGGAUGCUGCGUGCUCCAGGGCCCUCCAUUGCGAGAGCUUCUGAGAUCCGCUUCCCUGGUUAACUCCUUCUCUCCUGGCCACGGAGUGAUGACAUCCAGGAAGGGCAGCAGAGCACAGCUUCUCCUCAUGGAGAGUGUGAGAAAUGGAAGGAAAAACAGGGCACUCAUAAAUAUAUGCAGUUGGCAUAGAAGAGGUGGACACCAGCCUUUGGGUUUAAAAUACAGUCACAGCUUUUUUGAUUAGAUAGAGCUCAUAAAUGAAAAACUGUGUCCAGGACAUAUGUCAAAGAUGUCUCUUUUUUCUAUCCAAAAACAUCUGAGAGGCUGCAGGUUCCCCAUCUUUGGCCUUGAGAUUUUUAUUAUGUUUAUUUUUUAAAAUAAAUACAUAAUAAACCUACAGGCCUUACUGUCUCACCUGCCAAUUGUGAUUGGUAUUCAGUAUCUCAUAGCCUAUAGAAAGGUGACAUGCACCCCCCAUACCCACACCGCAAGGAAAGGGAAAAAAUAUGCCCACUCUUAGCUGAUAAUCCUACCUGGUUCCUCUAGCCUAAAACCUGGGGGAAGCUGUUGUUACUGUGAUUGGCUGUGUCUUCUCUGCCUCCUAGGCCACAAAUGAGUCUCAGCAGGGUGAAACCUAGAUACUAGGAGAAGAUGGACAACUACAAUGGAGAAUCAAGUUCUUUAUAAGUAUUGCUAGAUAAUAAGCAGAUGGCAAGGUUUUGAGGAAGGUUUGGACUGUCCUUUUGUGCUGUCUCCUUUCCCCACAGAAGCCUUUGAUGCUUUAUUAAUCGUUGCAGCAGUAGGAAUCCAGAAGACACCAAGAGUCUAUAGGAAGAGAUGCAGAGGGAAUCUCUAGCAGCCACCUCAAGCCAAACUUUCCUUACAGUGUGUUUGUUUCAGGCAGCAGUGCCUGCUGCUCAGGUGGGAUGCAGCUAGGAGACAAAUCCACCCACAGUCUGGUGAUCAGAGUCUGGUCAGGCCAGGGUCAAAGUCCAGCAAGGCUGAUUAGCAGACAGGAGUCAGAUUCUUACAUAUGUGUUCAGACAAACUGGAAAGUCAGGUUUAAGACAGGGUUUCCCACCACACCCCCCAACAAUGGACCACUUGAAAAUUGCUGAGGAUCUGUGUGGAUUUUCAUGCCUAUUGUAGUCAUUAUAUUGCUAGAUGCUGUGGGGUUUUUAUUUGUUGUGUAUACAGACUACCCUCAUGGACACCUCGGCAGACCACAGCUGGGAACCCCUUUGUCUAAGAUAUGCAGAGCAGGGAGACAGUCAGCACCAUGGAGAGUUCCAAGUGGAGUUUGGACUAGAAGCUAGUCAAGCUAUAUUUGAAUGUUGCUCCAGCAACUAGUCUCCUCUGACUGAGCCUUGAGUAGGGUUUUGGCUUCUUUCAGGGUGUUGGCUCUAUUGCCACGAUGAAUGAGGCUUUCACUUUUAAAGGGACCUUGUUUGCUCUGGGAGUCUUUGACUGUGGCGUGGUAGUGAAUUUGGAGCAGGAAUCUGAGGAUAGAAUGCAGGCCAAAAUGGGGCUGGCCUCAUGGUCCUUCCUGGUGACGAGAGUUCAGAGGAGAAUAGGGGUAUCUGGAAUUAUUUGGAAAGUCAAAUCCUCUCCUGAGAGUUUCUCUUUUUCUCCUCAAGGAGGAAGGAAUCAGAGCCCCAGUUAGUAACACUGGCUGUUUUCUCAGAGUGGUGUUCCUGAAAAUGAGCUGCAUUCCUUGGGGCAUGUAGGAAUCUUUCUGCCUCCAUACAGUAAUCUCAGAGUUAAUUUUAUUAAAGAAGGACUAGGAUAUUGGUUGCAAAGAAGAAGAAGAAGAAGAAGAAGAAGAAGAAGAAGUUCAAACUCUUAAGAAACUGGAUUCUGCAUCUCUCGUUUUUCCUGCACUCCCAGUUCAGUUACAUCCCUCUCCCUGAAGACUUGCUUGCCUAGCUAAGCCUUUCCUUAAUGUUUUUUUUUAUCUCCUUCCCUGCCAACUCACUUCUCUCUUUCCUGCCAUGUCCAGCAAUAUAGGUUGCAAGCCCUCCAAGCAGAUACCAUACUGGUUCUUUGUCUUCUACAGCAAACAUUUGGCCCUGCAUAAAUGAAAUAUAAACUGUGUCAUCCACCCAGAGCCAGGAAUUAUGAUGGGGAUCCAUAGUUAGGCAUAUUAGGGGUAGAGGUGAACUGUGAACAGGAGUGGGAGUAAGUUAUUUAAUCUUAAAGGAAAUGUAGAUUAAGCAAUUAGAAGGAAGAUUUGAACCACCAGGGGAGUGAAAAUCUGCCCCAGAGAUAGUCAGGGGACAGCAAAGAAGUCUGAUUAGUAUUAAAAUGGAUCUUGGUGAAUUUAUGAGUGGUGUAUAAUUUCUUAGUCUGAGGCAUUGUGUCACCUGCAGAGGUCUGGAGCUUUGCAAAUUGAUGAGUGAUAUAAUUUCUUAUUCUGAGGCAUAGUCGUCACCUGCAGAGAUCUGUCAGUUUUUCUCUUCCCUCUUCCUCUUCACUUAUUUUGGAUUUUAACUCGGGACUUGGAUGCACACGAACAGGAGAUGCAACAUCACAUGGUCCCCUGCUUUUGACACAGUGAACAUUGGUUUCAUUUUUGGCUUGCUGGGUCUUAUUUCGAGUUACAGUUCAACUGGGGUACUGUAGGAGGGCAAAAGAGGUCAUAGGCAAAAACGUCUCAUGGAUACUCAAGAGGGUUGUGGAUCAGAAGCAGCUGGUGGAAGACUUAUUCACAAAGCACAUAGUAAAAUAUGGAACACACUCCUGUGAGAUAUAGCGUUGCAUCUUGCGUCCUGCUUGCAGGCUUCUCGUGGGCAUCUGGGUGGCCACUUGGAGAACAGAGUAAUGGAGUCUUUGGCUGACCCAGCAGGGCCCUACAUAUUUACUUAUGGCUGUUCACAUUGUCCACUGAUAAAGAAGAUGUUGCUUUCUGAACCCUAAGGAGAUUAAAUGCAAGGAAGAAUCUCCCUGCUAUAGGAACAAUUUCAUUUCAAAUUAUUGUUACAAAAUCUGCCAUGCUUUUGUUUGAUGGAAAAGUUGACCAGACAUCUGUUGGACUGGGAGAGGGAAAGUCCACUGGAUUCUCCCUCCCUCCCCAAUUCUUUUCCAUAUUCUCUCUUAGCAUGAGGUGACAGCCUCUUGACAGGUCAGGGGGGUGUCCGGUGUGCCCCACAAUUUAAUUAACAUGGCACUAGAGAAAACCAGGCUGAUGCAAUCAUUCACGAGUGCCUGGGAGACUCGGCCCCUGAUGGAUGCUGCACUUUCUCCUGCAGCUGCGUGGCCCACGUACCAUUGAGGAGAGCUUCAUCUUGUCCAGGCUGCUUGCGUGCUCUCGGUGCCCUCCCUUUCCCCCAGUGUGCUAUAAAUACAUUCCCUCAGUCCAUCCCAGCACACUGUAUCAAUCUUGUUUAAUAGACUGGAAAGCUUAAUGCGCGGUGGCGGGUCGCGGGGAGCAUCGGGGUGAUGGAUUGUGCCUUCCCGGAGUCGAGCACCGUUGAUGUAUAAUGAAAUAUUUAUGAUUUAUUCCGGCUAAUAAACUGGAAUGAAGUGUGUGAUAUAUGUGAGCAGAUGGGGAACUAUUGAUGCAGCUUUCAUUUGGGGAGUGUGGGGAGGUUUAUGUCCGUAACACACACGUACACACAUCACAGACCCUUGCAUGCCAUAAACUCUGCACCUCGCAUGGCUGUUGUGGGGACAACCGAUUCCCAUCCCAUCAUUAAUCUCUUACUCCUUCCCUCUAAUUGUUUGUCAUUCUGCAUCCCCUCCCGCACCUGUUCUCCAUGAGCCUCCUUUUGUACAGAGUGCCUUUUAUCCAAGGGCUUUGCUGCUCUCUCUGUGUUAUAUGUGAGCCCUGAGACUCUGCCCUUGCACUGGAAUUUUCAGAGUGUGGCACUAACACCUCCUGGGGCAGUUUUCAGCCGUGGCUGUUGUCAAGUCCAGCAGGAGGCUGGCAUAACCCCUGGCAAAGGAUCCCUUUUGGAGCACUGUCCUGCUGUCCAUGGUUUGCUCUUCACUGGAGGCUGAUCCAUUUGGAUGAAUGGUCACUGCCCCUUUGACCUCAACCUGCCCCACCUGCCUGCCUUCUUUCUUUCUUCCAACCAACCAACCAGUCCAGGGGAUGGCAGUGCCCAUCAACUUCCUCCUCCUCGGUCUCAGUAUUGCCCUUUUUUAGAAUUCCACAAGGAAGAGGAGGAGAAAACUAGAAUUAAUUGUUGCAGCCUCUUUGGUUCCUCUGACUGUUGGUUUCCCUGUCUUCUGCCCUACCAGUCCCAGGGGGCACUAGCCACCAUUGCCCCCAGGCAGGUGCUUGAGGUGGCAAAGACAAAAGGAACAACCCUUUCUCCUCCCCCACCUCCACCCGCCAACAGAACCAGAAUGUUUCUCCAGUUCAAAGCAUCUUGCACACCACUGGAUGCCCUUCACUUGGUGCCAUGAAAGACUUGAGGAGUCUGUUCUCCACCCAUCACAUCCUCCACGAACUGCCCCUCCAGCUGUUCCCCUCUCAGACUAAUUAGUUGCAUUUGCAGGAUAAUUUCAAUAUCUCUCUGAUGAAAGCCACCAGAGGAGCACAGAGAUCUGCUUCUGCUUCUGACUGUUUCAGAGGAGACCUUCGCCAAAGGGGGUGGGGGUGGGAAGGGAGCUGUCUCUGUGCUGAAACGCCCAGCCUUAUCCUGUCAACAUGCUAGUUCAGAGAGCAAGGGAGCUCUCCAAGUAGCAGCCUCUGCAAAGGAAUCCAGUAGGGAAGAUGCCUCAUUCUGUCUGUACCUGCUCAAAGUGAAUGAUCUCUGUGCUACUGAAAGAGUCUGGCAGCUGGGAAUUCCCUGGGAGAGUCUGUCAAGCAAAGGAAGACAUUCUCAGAAGUCGAAGAGGGACCUGGAAUUCUCGCUUCCAGGGAAGCUCCUACCGCCCAACACUUUGGAGCCUAGAGUGGAAGGUGCAAAGAAGCAGAGAGGGGAGCCCUUUUCAAAGUGUCGCUGUUUCUAAAGGAAGGAAGUUGCAACAGCAGAUCACAUAUGCUUUCAAUGAUAUCACAGGCCUGCACUGGAAUCUUUGUGACUUCUUCUGUUGCACAGCUUGUUGCAGCUUGGUACAUCGAGGAAUAUUUUUGACAGAAUAUAGCAGGUGUAUGUGGAGUGCACCUAGUCAAGGAACUAGGUAAAAAAAGAGGGGAUUCAUUAGGCACUAUUGAGCCUUUUACUAUGAUCAUGAAGAAGCCAUCAGCCCUUUCCCUCUCUUGUUUUGAUUUUAAAGAAAAACAACUCACAAAUUUUCAGGUGUAAAAAGUUCAAAGAGGCAUGUCACCAGUGUAAUGACAAGAGGCCUGUAAAAUGUAGCAGCACUGGGGGAGAAUGAAGAGGUGCAGGGGUGCAUCUGCACAGCUAUGCUCAGUCCAGUAAUAAGGUCAAAGCAAUUAACUGAACGCUGCAGUUCAAUAGGAGGAUUGAACUAAAUAUCCCCCAGUACCUUCACUACACAACCUCACUGUUGAAGCUUCUGUUCUGGGAGGCCUUCAUAAAAAUAGAGAUUGCUACAAGUGCUUAGAUGCUAUUUCUGUUGUAAUUGUCUAGGGCCUUGCAUAGAAAGAUGUUGGAAAGUACUCUAGCCCACCUCCCCAACCCUUCCUUGGAAGAAGAUUUCGCUUGCCAUCUCUACACCUCUCCUUCACAAAGCUAUACUACUUGACACCUCUGCAUCUUCAUAUGCAAAUUCCAUCUCAGGCACUCUUAAUAAAACCUGCAAGAAUUUUAAAACAGCCACUCUGGAAACACUGCUGCAUCCACAGCUUCCUUCCCCUUAAGAUAAUGAGGGGGAGAUGAGCACAAGCCAACCCCUUUUUGUCCUGCACAUCAAUUACAUGGCAGGUCCUUCCCCCACCCAGGGUGAAGGAGGCCAGCAGUGAGCGCUCUGAGUCAGCUGCCACAGGAGCACCAGCAGGGAGAAAUGCAACUAUGUGGUCUGGGAGCUUUUCCUGAUAGCCAGUUUAGUUCCAGAGGAAGCAAUGGAAGGCAGGGAAGGAAUUCUGCCUGAGACUCUGGAAUGCCCCUGCCAGUCAAAUAAUACUGAGUGAAAUGAACCAGUGAUGCAACUCAGUAUAAGGCAAUUUAGAGUUUUAGACCACAUCCACACCAUACAUUUGAAGCAUUAUGAUACAGUGGUACCUCGGGUUACAUAUGCUUCAGGUUACAGACGCUUCAGGUUGCAGACACCACUAACCCAGAAAUAGUACCUCGGGUUAAGAACUUUGCUUCAGGAUGAGAACAGAAAUCGUGCUCCAGCGGCAGCGGGAGGCCCCAUUAGCUAAAAUGGUGCUUCAGGUUAAGAACAGUUUCAGGUUAAGAACGGACCUCCGGCACGAAUUAAGUACUUAACCUGAGGUACCACUGUAUUACCUUAAACAGCUAUGACUUCCCCCAAAGAAUUCUGGGAGCUGUGGUUUGUUGAGGGUGCAGAGAAUUGUAAGGAAACCCCUGUUCCCCUCCAAGAGUUCCCUAUGAAGAGAGAUACAGUUCCCAGAGUUCCCUAUGAAGAGAGAUUGAUUGUUAAACCACUCUGGGAAUUGUAGCUGGGGAAGGGGUGGCAGGGGCCCCCUAACAGCACCUGUAACAAAGCACACCUCCUGGAAUUCUUGGGGGGAUACAAUGACUGUUUGAAAUGGUGACAUGAUGCUUGAAAUGUACUGUGCAGAUUUGGCCCUAGUGAGUUCAUCCCAUUUCUCUCUGCUACCUCAUACCUCGAAUGCCAACAAGCUGUAGCAAGGUGUGGGCUGAGGCAAGAGGACCAUUAUGACCAGUCCGCAGAGGGCAGACCCUCCGUAUCUAUGUUGAGCUGAUGUUUCAGAGAACAGCCUUGUGUUCAGCUGACAUUUCAGAAUGGCAGUGGAUGGCACAGGCAAGAGAGAGGGGCUUGUGCUUCUCUUGCCUAGGAGGCUGCAGCUUCCCAGAGCCCUGGAGGAUGUGAGGGAGGGUAAGUAAUAGAGAGAGAGGGCAGAAGGAUCUGGGAGACAAGCCACAAAAGGAAACCUGGUCAGGGCCAGGGUGGACUCCCUCAUGGUGGAAAGGACAAUGGUAAGCCUUUGGUCAAGCUCAUCUAAUCUAACCAAACCAAUCAUUUCUAGAUGAGACCCCUAAGAUCCAUCUAGUCCAGCAUCCUGUUUACCAUAGCAGCCAACCAGAUUCUUCCAGGAAGCCCAACAGGCAAGCCAUGAAAGUGCUCAGUGGCAUAUUGGCUGUGAACAUGGAGGUCCCAUGCGUCACACUGGUCCUGAAGCUGCUGCACUGGCUGCUGUUGAGCUACCAACCCAGUGCAAGGUGCUAGUUCUAGUGUGUAAAGUCCUGUGGCUUGAGACCCAAGUACCUAAAGAGCACUUUUCCCCAAUGCGACCAUCUCAGGCCCUAGAGUUGGCAAGUGAUGUCUUCCUUGGUGAUGGUGCUGCCAUCCAGUUGGUAUGGAUCAGCAGCUGCUAUUAAAAAAAAGUUUCCAAAUCAGAGCAGCCAGGUGUCCACAAACUGCUAGGUAUGGCUCAUAAUCUGUCAUAAAAUAAAAGAAUGAAAACAAACGGAACCAAUAAGUUAGCAAUGUUUACCAUAGCCAAAUAUGUUUCACUCGAGGUCUCCCUCAUUGGUCAUAACAAAUAACUAUAGUACAGCAAAUAAUAAGUCAAAUAUUGUAUGUGCAUUGUCAUAGACAUGCAUUGUUUUUAAUUGGUAUUAAAAUGCUUUUUUUAUAUUACAGGCACAACAUCCAUUCGUUCUUAUUUUUAUCCCUCCUUUUUUCAUCCUAUUAGCUGCCCUCACUAGCCAUUGCCUCCUGUCUUUGCCUUCUCUGCCAUCGCUGCCACACCUCUUCCUCUUUCAUUAUUAGUGGCUUCCAGGUGUUGAUCUCCACCCUGCUGCUCUGCCCCUAGAAAUGUCGCCUACCUCAUCUUACCAGCUCCUUUCUUUUUCCAGGUGACACUGCUGUGUAUAAGGAGGGCACCUACUGGAUCAGAGGACGGACCUCAGUUGACAUCAUCAAAAGCGGCGGCUACAAAAUCAGUGCCCUGGAAGUCGAACGCCACCUGCUGGCCCACCCCAGCAUUGCUGGUAAAGGCUAGCCCCUCCCUGCAACUAUUUAUUGAUUUGCUAAUAUAGUUCAGUUCAUGAACUUAGUGCUUUACAAAGAGCAGCAAGGUCUGACAGGUCCCCCAAUGGCAUUCCACAUUUCAGGUAAACCCACCCACCCUCAUUCACUUGCACAUACACCCUCAAUCUCUCUCUCUCUCCCACCAUCUCAAACAAAACUGCCCUGUAUACUGAGAAAGAGAGUUUGGAGGAUUGUAAACAGUAUCUGGCAGUGGCUCUCUGAGGUUUUAGGUGGUCCUUCCCAGCCCUACCUGAAGACAUCAGGACCUGAACCUGAGACAUAUUCUCCCAUAAAUGGCACUCAGGGCAGCUAACAAGCUGUAGUUAAGGCAAAAUAUAAAACAAUUGCAGAGUGUUUAAAGAAAGAGAGAGAAAAUAGUGCAGCUAUUGCAAAUUAGGUAAUUUUAAUAUGUUUUAAAGUAGAAUUGUAAAUAUUCCUUGAUAUUUUAUUAUCAAGUAGUAUAUCAAUUUUAUGAAAUAAAUAAUAGCAUAAUGAAUAAAUUAAAUAAGUCACCUCAAGUUAAAACAGUUCUAGCAGCCUGCCCACCAAACUGAAACAGGCACCAAGUUUAACACAAAGACCAGAAAUAAGCUUGGACAAAGUAAAGGCAGAGCCAGGUCAAUUUCUUGUAGGAGUUCUUCCCACUUUCUCUGUGUGACUCUUUCACACUUUUCCCCUCUCCAGAUGUGGCUGUGAUUGGUGCCCCGGACAUGACGUGGGGUCAGAAGGUCAGCGCUGUGGUCAGGCUGCAUGAGGGCCAGGCACUGUCUCUCACGGACCUGAAGGAAUGGGCAAGGUAACAUGGCAGCAUCCACUGGGUAUGGGGUGUCAUGGGAAGGUAUAGGGCAGGCCAUUGUCUAUCCCAGUUGAAUACUUACUUGGGAGAAAGGUGGGGUAUAAAUAAGUAAAAUGAAUAAAUGCAGGAUGAACAGUAGCCAAACCAGUGGGUACAAACUAAGGUUAUUUACAAGCUGGUUUCCGAACUUCCCAACAUUUUAAGAUAUUUUUCCUACGGUAAGAAUGAAAAUAUAUUCAGCAGGUAAAUGAAAAAGUAAAUAUCCUGGUAGAAUGCCAUUCAUUUCUCUACUUUACUCCAGUGUGAAUUUCCUACUUCUCCAACCUGGUGACCUCUGGAUAUCUUGUGCUAUAAUUCCCAUCAGCUCCAGCCGGCAUAACCAUGACUCUGCUGGCUGAAGCUAAUGGGAGAUGUAGUCCAGAACAUCAGACUAGCAUCUGGUUGUAGAAGUCUGUGUUUCGAUUAUCUAGCCAAGAGGGGACAGUUGUCCUCUUUUGCAGUUUAAUGCCAUCACUGACCAGAGGGUAGUACUGCAGCUAUCAGUGUUUAGUGGAGGGGUCAGGUGACACCAGGAGCCAAUAGGGGUCCACUUGGUUCUAUAAAGCUGCUGGUUGCAUCCUAGCUAUUUAGUCUGUAUAUGUUAUUCAAGUAUAGGCUGGGCUGCUGUUGGACUAUCUAUUGCUACUUCCCUCUAGGCCAGUGGGUCUGGAACAACACAGUUAAUUCCUUCUGACUCAUGAGGCUACAAACAUGGCUCUAGAUUUUUUGUGUGCAAUGGUAUUCCUAUGUGCUUUCUUGCCCUCCCCUGCUACCAAGUUGGGCCUAUAUUAGAGAGCUAGUCUCCAAGGUGUGCUGAAAUGAUAGAAACAGAAUACACACACACAAACACACACACCCACACACACCAUUUUUCAUCAGUUCAACUAAUACAAAUUGAAUAAGGGUUCCCUUGUCCCAGGUGGCUGCUCCACCCCCCACUCCCAAAAACAUAUUGGAUGCUUUUUUAGAGGGUAUGUGAAACUGGUGCUCUUCACAAACCACAGGCAUUCUUGUUUCAUCCAGGGCUGCACAGCUGCCCAAUUAAACAGUCCCCAGGAUUUGCAAAAAUCACAGUGGGAGGUUUGCAAUUUAGCAAAUGUGAGGAAUACUCUUGCUAGCCUCUGUUGCUCUGAAUAAACAGCAAAGAAAACUCACAAAGAAAUCCAGAGGUGUGGAGGCCUUGAGCCCUGGCCUCUCACUCCCCUGCCUGCAUGCCAGCUUCCUCGCAUAACACUUGAGAGGCUGGCUGUGCACUUGCACAGCACCCAUACAUUUUUUUUUACAUAACAAAAUAGAAAGACCCCUAAAGGGUCAUACUAAAAGCCCAUCUAGUUUAGCCUUCUGCUUCCUUAGGGAAGGACCGUAGCCCAGUGGCAGACCAUGUGCUUUGUAUGCAGAAGGACCUCUCUCUGAAAUUCUAGAGACCCACCGACAGUCAGCAUAGACAGUGCUGAGCCAGACGGACAGUGUAAAUCAGGUUCCUACAUUCCCAUAGUUCCACUGCAACCAACCUGGGGUGCUCACUACACCAUGCCCACGUUAGCGUUCUCCUGGGAACUGUUAUGUGUGGCAUCUGAAAGUGUGGCCCUGGAAACUGGUUGAGCUGAAUAUGAGCUCAGCAUUGUUGGUUAUUGGUCAUUUCCUGCUUCUUGUGCUAUGGAGGUGGGUUCCCCAUCACCACCAAACACGUACAGCCCCACUUCCUCAUCCCAGGCAAAGAUUAUCCGUGUAUAAAGGCCCAGCUCCUCAAUAGAAAGAACAGCCCAGUGAUGGCCAGAAGGGGGAAUGGUAUACCAGUGUUACAAAAGCUUCAUCAGCAGGCUGCACAGGGAGAAUAAGGUGUGUUGCAUAAAGGCUGUAAGGGCGCGAAAGCUGAAAACCAGCCGCAUCAAGCACUGAGGGCCCAGCAUAGCUGUUAUCAAGCCUUUAACUUCCUUCACUUCCAUCACUUUUCGAGUCAGAGCUGUUAGGGUGGUGGCAGCAGGGGAACAAGUGCUAUCCCCUUGCACAUCUCCCCGCUUUGCCCUUGUGCCUCAGUUUCCUGCCUGUCUCCUCACAGCCAAGAUUGCAGGGCAGGCUGCGAGAGGAGAAAUCCAGCCUGAAUGCGAUGCGUCUCUCUGGAGCAACAGCGUUUGAGCACCUCGGGAAGGGUCCUUGGCCCGCUCUCGCUCUCUCCGCACGCCGCCUCCCGGGUCUCACACCCCUGCCGGCUUCUUUCACUGCCGCUCAUCCUGUCUCUCCUCUUUAUCUUCCACGCCACUUGCCUCCCUUCGUCCCCCCGCCCCCCGCCACAUUCUCUGGCAGGAGACACAUGUCCCUCUUCAGAGUGAUUCAUUUUGUGGCUUUCGCCUCCAAUCUGCUCCCGGUGACAAGCCGGUCCUGAGUUUGAGGCCUCCUCCACAUGGCAGAAAGGCAUCGAUAAUUUGAAAGCAGUGGAGGCACUGAGGGAGGAGAAGAGCCCUGACAUGCUGGGCGGGCUUGGCAUGUCACUCCAAACUCUGUGCCCACGAGGUACCCGUCAGAGCAGGGCAUGCCCUGCAGCCAGCGGUCUAGUGAGGGAAAGCAUCCCACAUGCAUAUGAUCACGCACACUUUGCAGUGGGCAAGGUGACUUUCUUUCGUGCUCAGACAGUCCCCUGGCGGGGCUUUAAUAAGAAGCUGAACUUGUUUGGCAUCCUCCCCAUCGUGCAUGCCUGUGAUCAAGAGGAAUGGGGGGGAGGGGGCUGCACAUGGGAGGGGGGCUUGUGUGGAGGGCCGGGAGUUUGCAAGGCUCCUUAGCGCUUAUGUUGACAAUUUGUCAUUUGCUCUUCCUGCCAUAUCUAAUUGCAAGGAUUGAUGAGAACCCAUUAAAAGUGAUCCAUUCUGCUUCUUGGAGGUGCUUUGUCUGGGCACUUUCCAUCUCUCUCUCUCUCUUCCUCUCUCUCUCUCUCUCUCUCACACACACACACACACACACACACACACUGUGGUAUGUUGUUACUCAGCCUUAAGUAUCCAUGUGCAUGGCUGGGUGACCCAGAGCAAUAUGUGGGUACAGAACGCCCUCCAAGCAGCUCCUCCUCCUGUGCCACCCUUGAUCUAAACCCCCUGAUUGAAGGACAGCGUUCCAUCAGAAUAGGCACAACCGAUUGCAUAGGAGACUAACAUGGGCUGUGCUGGAUGAGGCCAAAUCGCCUUCUAGUCCAGCAUUCUGCAUCCUACAGUGGUCAGCUAGAUGUCCUCCCCUGGAAGCUCACAAGCAUGAGAGAAACAGCAGCCCUUGAUCUUCCACAACAAUGAUACUCUGCCUCUGAACAUGGAAAUUCUUAUUUGCCAUGAUGGCUGACAGCUGCUGAAAGAUUUCCUCCUCCUCCUUGACCUUCUCUAAUCCCCUUUUAAAGCUAUAAAAUGUCUUGCAGCACCUUGAAGGCGCACAUGUUUAUUAUAGGUGACUCUUUGCUUUGCCCAUCUAUGCCAGUGGCCAUUAGGACAGAAGUGGAAUUUGCACUGUGCAAAGAAGUGCAUUCUUUUCAUCUGCCCCACUUCUUGUUUUGAUUCCAGAUUGAACACUUCUGUCCUUGCUUGUUCUGGUCAGGGGGCCAUAGGCCUUAUGACACAGUGAACUGUAUGCUAGUAUAUACAGAAUAUUUGUAGGGAGGGAAAGUAGAAACAUGAGCACUUCACCUGGCCCAAGUUGAACAGGGCAGUGUCUCCCUGCUCUAAUGACUGGAAGCCUUCACUGGAUUAUUUCCAGGCUCAAAUGUUUGCACAGUUUAUAUCUGUUGACUCUUAUACUGAGGGGUGCACAGUCCUUUCUUUGAGAGUAUUUUGGAGAAGGGAUGUAGCUCAGUGGGAAAGGUACUGCUUUGCAUGCUCAGUCCUCAGCAUCUCCAGGUAGCAUUGGGAGAGACUCACCACUGAAACACUGGGUAACCAUUGUCAGUCAGAGUAAAUAACACUGAGCUAGAUGGAUCAAGGGUCUGACUUGUUAUUAGGCAGCUUCCAGUGUCCUUGUCCAGCUCUGUAUCACAAGGGAAGCCAUGAUUCAGCGCUUGGGCAGGAGUAGAGAGGAGAUGGACAUUUGCAGCAGCAGUCUCUUAACCAGAACAUGUGCUUGUGUGUCCCAGAGAGUUCAUGGCACCUUACACCAUCCCCUCUGAACUGCUGGUGGUGGAGGAGAUCCCGCGAAACCAAAUGGGCAAAGUGGACAAGAAGCAGCUUCUCAAGCAUUUCUACUCCGCCUAG